AUGCCUCCGGUGUAUCAGGACUACUCAAGAAGUAGGUUAAGGCGCCCUAAAAUUCUCAAAUUCUGAAGGUCAUGAAGUAACCGUCGGUGAGUUGUAUAUGGCCGCGAGACCACCAACCUCAAGGGGGAAAGAAAAUAUUCCAAGUCGCAAAGAAAAGACAGGCUACGCACCAGGGGUAUGUAAACUAACAGCCCCAUAUUGACCUUCUGACGCCUUCUAGAAUCCUCCGAGAAAUUCCAGCAAGAAGCCACAACGGAACCAGAAACUGGAUCAGCGUUUAGAGGAGAGAGUAAGUUUGGUAAUUGCGCUUUAUGAAUUUAUACUGGUAUUCUGUGCAACGUUUGAAAAGACUCUAAAACUUGAACACUUAAAGUCUGGUUAACAAGUGCAUUUUAUUUGGUUUUCCAAAUGCGCCCAUACUAGAAGCAGAAACUGCGAGUUUUACGAAAAUAGGAAGUCAAUAGAUGUUUUGGCAGAUUUUGAGAAAUCUAUUUUGACCCGGUUGCGAAAAGCUUGUCGAUCUCGGUGAGAUUUCAACCCACGGCAGCAAGGGGAAAGGCCUCAGUGCGGUCAACGCUCUAGCCAUCUGAGCCACAAGGCCCCACCAGGAGCUUAUUACAGUAGGUGGGCUAACUCAUGAAAUGUCAACCGAAAUGUCAAAAUGCGUUUUUGUUUCGAAAAGAUUAAUUAAGUAGGAUUGUAAAACUAAUCAUCGCGCAGCAUAAUUCUAUCACAAUUCAGCUACCCCAAGAUGCCGGCAUUUGGACGAACUUCUUUUUCACUGCAUGCAGGAAACACACUGUAAAAAAUGACUACUUAAGUAGCAUGCGUUUUUCUCAUCAACUUUCGAUUCCCUUAAAAAGUCAAUUAUAUUUCCUGAAAAACAUGUAUAAAAAUAUUCAUUGUUCUAUGCACUCGGCAGGAAAUUACGUCUUUUUUCAAUUUUAUACUCGAAGAAAGGGUUUAAUUUUUUUAAAAAUACCUUUCCAAUUCCCGAAUAAUUUUGAAUCCGACCGACCGUUACACAUGCAUUCAGGGCUUCGAAACAACAAGCCGUGUAUUUUCUGCAUACGGAAAAUCGUAAAUUGUUCUACAGUAUUCAGAAGUGAUCAUAUGGGGUUCAUAGAAUUUAGCAGUGAAUUUGGCCCAUCUUGUUAGCUUUGAAAGCAAACCUAGUAAAUGCAGAGACAUAACGUUUCAUGAACGACCAGCUCACAGUGUUAAAAAAUCUCACGAUUAGAAACAUUUUUAAAGCGGAAUUAUGCCCCGUAUUUGAGUAUAAAAUUGAAAAAAGGCGUAAUUGUCUACCGAAUGAGAUGGAGAAUGAAUAUUUUUAUGCAUGUUUUUUACGAAAUAAAUUAAAUGCUAAAGGGCAUCAAAAAUCAAUGAGAAAAAUGCAUGCUAAUUAAGUAAUCACUUUUGCAGACUGUAUUUCAUUCAUGCAGCUGAAAGGAAGUUUUUUCGAAGGCCGGCAUCCUAAGGUAUCCGACCUGUAAUAUAAGGAGGCUGCAGGAUGAGUAGUUUUACAACCCUGCAUAAUUAAUCUUUUCGAAACGAAAACGCAUUUCGAAAUUUUGGUUGGCAAUUCAUGAGUUAGCCUACCUACUGUAACUGCGUGAGCCUGGUAGGCAUCUGGUAGAUUCUGAAUGAGAUUUCUUAUAAAAUCCUGUUUGGGCAGUCAGAUUACCGUAUCGGAUUUGGCGGAUUUCAUACACUGGAGUAGGCUAGGCGGGCAAAUUAACCAAUGUGUGACUGAACACACGGCUCCCGGUGGGGCCACAUGGUUGAGGUGGCUAGAGGGCUGGCUGUACCGGAGCCUUCCCCUUGGUGUCGUGGGUUCGAGUCCAACCGGGGUCACCGAUAUUUCCACAAGUGUGUGAAAUAAAAAAAAGCAGGAAGGCUGAAUGCGCAUAUGAAGUUAGUAAAGAUCGCUGACACGAUCACGAAUAGAAUAACAUGCCUAAAGUGGCGCAGUAAAUUAACAUGACAUUUUAAAACCAUCUCGUAUAGUCACAGAAAUCAAAGGUAGUACUUUAAUUUUCAAGCAUUCCAGACAGUCUGCAAAUCGUCUCUUCAUUCUUAAAUUUUAAAAACUGACUAGGUAUUUGCCUAACUGGCAACAGCUCUUCGUCAAAUGAUCUGAAAAUGAAGGCACGUUCUUCUUGUGUUAAUGUUAGUCUUGCUGAGGUCGUGCAAAGUUUGCGUCCGGAUAUUGUUUCUUUUGAAAUAUUUGGAAAUAUGAUUAUUUUGGGCAUUUCAUAGGUCACUAGGUUCUUCUGUAGAGGCAUUCCCUCCGGCGAUCUAGUCAACAAAAGCAGACACGGACCAUAAAACCUGAUCAGUCGUGGUUUCCUCAAGGACAUUUAAAAAUGCUACUAUUUAGCGAUAUAGUUUUAAAAAAGAAUGACACUUUUGGACAAAGAAAAAAAACGCCCUGAGAUCAGUAUUUUAACGUACCACGUAUGAAAUACUGUCAAGAAUCCCUAUCAACAAGAGCUACUUUGCUGCCUAUGUUACUGCAUAAUACAUAUUUCCCAAAGUCAGAAAAAUACUGUCAAUUCUUUUUAGUAGCAUAUAGUUUUUUUGGAAUAUUGUUUAAGUUAGUAUAAAGACCUCUAGCUGGUGAUUGAUAUUGUUAACGCAGACUAGGAAAAGCAAUGAGGUAUUUGCGGAUUCUCUUAUUUCCUCACUUGAAAGCCACUCGAGCAGCCAUAAACUAUGUGAAAUAGACAAAUGUUUUUUUUUACAACUAAAGAACAUUUACUUAAAACAAAGAUGUCAACGGAAGUUGAGCAUCCAAUAAAUCAGCAAAAACCAAUCCCGCAACUUAGCAUGUUCUAAUGCCAUCAUUGUAUAGGAUUACCCGUAGCAUCAGAAGCUUCUAGUAAACACAUGUUUAAGCAAUUAAUUUAUAAAUAAGCAACUUUGCAAUUUUAUACAGCGAGCCGCCUCUAUGUUUUCGAACACUGACGGUGCUGAUAGAUCGACUCCUCCUCACCAAAGACUUAAAUGUCGUCAGCACUCCCGUUGGCCCUUAGAUUGUUAUCCGUGGAUGUACACCGUCCCAGUCGGUACUUAUGUAGUUUAAUAAUCUGAACAUGGUUUACAAACUAAGUUCAAUGUCGUUGUUGCGCACGCGAUGUCAGUGCAUCUCAGAAACGACAUAUCCGCAUGCCAACAUUGAAUCUCGAAGACGAAGUAUUCAUCUGGGCUUUGAAGUCAGGUCGUCUAAAGAAUCACCUAAGCCUCCAGGGUAGUGUGCAGGACAUUAGCUCCAAACGUCAGACAAAUUGUCUGUAAUUUCAUUUUCACCCCAGGGUUCGCUCACAAUUGAUGCCUCUUAAAGGUUUGUCUUCAAACGUCAAACACAGCAGUCAUGAGCAAUUUUGGCAGAGGACUAGUUUUUUUCCUAACGUGUCGUCUACGACAUGUGAGAAGCAACCAAGAUUAAUAAAGGUGCAUAAAUUGGCGAUCAAGAGGCCUGAUUUGCAGAAAAUAACGGUCAAAGUCCGUUUUCAAGAUAUGAGGACGUAUAACACACAGUGUGGGUGGAACGCGGGAAUAGGUACCCCUAUUGCAGAUUGCCUAGCGCUAGAUUUCAAGAAAAAUUAGGGUUGGGAUCUAGGUCAGGUUUAGGGUUGCGUUAGGACACACGGAAUGGGUACCGCCCUGGAGUUUGGCGUAAUGCCAACUGGCACACGAGGAGGUAUUUAUUUUUGUUUUUUAACUUUCUAAAGCAUCCGCAAUAGCUCAGGCGCCAUCAUCUUUGUGUCCACCAAAUCUUCAGAACGCGGAUGGAAAAAAAGUAGAGUUUUUUUUGGGCUGCGCCUUCACACCUGUCAAUGUGGAAAAUCUGCGGGAACUGCCUCGAUCGGGCCACGGGUUGUUUACGACAACCACGAAGAAAAAAGUCGCGUUUUCUGUGCAGUGAAAGUACUCAUCUUGUUUUGCGUCUUAUUUUAAGUAGGAAUGACUUCUGGGUCACUCGACGGUGAGUAAAGAAUUCCACGGCUCUAGGCGGAGGAACUGAUCGUUAAAUAAAAAAUCAGAUUAAUCUUUUACACUUUGUCAGGGGCAUGGUAUGUCUGAGUGCAGUACGGGGAAGUUGGCAAUUACGGUGUUGAUCAGAAGAAGAAGCGAUCGCUAGAACAAUGGCUUUAUUCGCCUGACGUUUCGGAUUCUCUCUUGAAUCCAUCAUCAGAGACAGUUGCAGAAAAGGGUGGCUAGUGUACAGAAAGUCGCAGUAUUUAUAGGAUGCGGUCGCCAUGUUACGGUGUUGAUUAACGCGCUGCUGGUAGAAGCGAACAGCCGAGUCCCAGGAGGCAGUUCAGAAGACGAAGAUGCAAUUACUGGAACAAGAAAUUUAUUGACCUGACGUUUCAGAUUUUCACUUGAACCUAUCAUCAGAGAAGGUAUCAGACAAGAGUAAUAGUGGCAAAAGAAAUGCAGUAUUUAUAGAAAUUGGCUGCUGUGGGACCAUAUGCCUACUGUAAUUGACGCUGGAGGAGGAGGAAGAAAACAGCUAGCUGGCCUUCCUGGAUGUCCUCGUCUGCAACAAAGAUUGUUGUGGCCUAAAAAAACAAAGUGUCCAGGAAACCGACAAACACGAUGCAAAUACUGGACUUUAACAGCAACCUCCCGACCAGUCACAAACGCAGUUGCGUAAGGGCGCCUUGAGACACACUGCAGUGAAAUGGAAGACGAGGUUGCUGAAUUGCAACAGCUUCGACGGGUACUGACAGCCAAUGGCUACCCGCGCAACUUUGUCAACCAGUACAUACGAAAACGACACCAGAGACCAAAUCCAAUCGGCUCCAAAUUUUGGCGGGCUCUUCCUUACGUGAAGAACGUCUCGGAAGCUAUCAAUCGUCUUCUCACUCCACUUGGAGUUGGGGUUGCACACAGUUGGGAAGCAACCACCAAGCACCAGUUCAUGAGGCCGAAAGACCUGCUGCCGCGGUAGGAAACGUCAGGAGUCGUUUACCGGAUCUGGUGUAGUUGCGGACAAAGCGACUAUGUCGGAGAAACUGGGAGAUAACUCCGUACGCGAAUUGCCGAGCACGCAGCAGCAGUGAGGAGGGGAGACACUAGAUCUCAGGUGGCGGCUCAUUCGACGGGACCCGGCCAUAUUUUCAAGUUUCAAGGGGCCGGCAUCCUCGCAAGGGUUGACAACCGCGUGAGCUCCGAGCUACUCAAGUCGUGGUUCUCAGACCCGCAAUCCAUCAACAAGCGCAAUGACCUCCUUUUACCGUAUUCCGUGCUGAGAUUUUCCCUGGGAAGAGGGAUCAGUCACGUCGGGAGGGCGCGGGCGAGUAAUUAUCCGAAUGACAGUGAGCCAAUUUGCCGAGCAAUCUUCACCCAAGCAUCAAACACGGAUGAUGAAAUCCCUGCAAUUAACGACUCGGAAGUGGGCUGACGGGCCAUCAUUGUCUUACUUUUGACCCCAGCGUUGAUUGCGAGAGCUGGUAAUCACAGUACGCAUAUGGCCCCGCAGCAGCCACGUGCUAUAAAUACUGCAGUCUUUGUGUCUCCUCUACCCUUAUCUGCGACUGUCUCUGAUGAUGGGUUCGAUUGAGAAUCCGAAACGCCAGGUCAAUAAAUUUCUUGUUCCAGUGAUCGCAUCUUCGUCUUCUGAACGCUCUGCUGUCUAUAAUGCCCUUUGCUGUUCUCCAGUUCGGUCGCGAUCCGAAUUUGAUGACCAUUCACACCAUCAAGUGCUGGCUGUUUUCGGGGUAGUCUCAUGCGUUGCUCUACCGACACGUCAAUUCCCCUGUCCACUUCGUAGGCCUAUUUUGAGGAAAGGUUUUAUCACGGAGGUAAAACGUUUUGCAGAAUAGUGCACAGAAAUCUCCAUACACUUUAGCAAAGUUCUCCUUCAUGCUAACUUCAUCAUGGCAUUGCGCGCAUGAAGGCUACAUUCCCUCAUCCGUCCCCCAAUUAAGCCCGGAGAACGCAUGGACAAAUCUUCACAGUGGUCGGUUGCGGACGGUUUGCAUUCAGUUUGCUUAUUUGUAGAAAUGAUUCUAUCCCAGAUCCAAAUGACCAGAGAUCCGAACCUAGGAUCUUCAGCCACUACUGCGUCAGCUCUUUUGCUGCUACGUUCUGUGAUCUCUCGAAAUCUGAGCAUAAUCUCAUCGAAGAAUGUAAAAGUGAAAAGUGGUAACCGGCCACCAAAACAACCCAUUGUCUAGUAACGCUAUUACAGCAACUGAUGGCACAGUGCCUCGUGGAUUUGCAAACUAGAAUACUAUUCUGAUAAAAGAUGUUUGAAAAAGGUGUGAUUUUCAUGGCUACACUUACCUGACUUUUUCGGACGAUAACUCAAAUUUUUCAGUAACAGAAGGCAUCUCGACUAAACGCUUUUCGCUUGCAGACAAGCCUUAUCGGAGCGAAAUGCCCCAAAAAACAAGUGGCUGUGAGCUGUAACAAUUAGCAUUCUAGGAAACUAUUUUUAUGAUACGGCGUUAAUUUUGACCAAACUAUGCUACCAUUACUUAUAAAAUGGUUUCGAAACAUAUUCCGCCUCGGAAAAUGACUUACUAAGUAUUAUAAAAAAUAAGGACAUCUCACGUGCUCCCUAUUAACUAUCCGGAUUUCAGUAAUAGAGUGUGGUAGGUUAAGCCACAUGCUGUGGGUGGUAAAGUUGCAGACGUUAGGUUUUGUGACUGUUUUUGUGCGGAUUAAAUUGUUCGCUCUACUUGUGCUAGCACAGAGAGAAGAUUUUUUGUCUGUGAAUUACAUUUGCAAAGCGCAAAAGGUAGAUUUUCGCAGAAGGUCCGCUAGUUCCAUUAAAACAACUGACAUGAGAAAGCGGAUGGCGAAGUUCCCCUAUGCCUUACUGGAACAAAAGAUGAGAUUUUACGGUAAAUUUUUUAAGUGAAAACCAGGCUCGUUUUCGAUGUCAGUUGCGAGGGCUCAUCAUACGGCCAUUGACAGGACUCACAGAUCAUAGCGGAUCCAGAGAGUAUUCGAGGGAUCGGCUGUCCCUUUUUUCAACUAAAGCGCUUAAAUCGGUGUUUUAACUUAACACUUUGCGUUGAAGGUCCUAAAAUGCACUGGAUCCGUUAGUAAAGCUCACCAAUUCAUUGAAGACCUUGUGAAGAAUAUCUCCUAACUGCUUAGGGUCCUGGAUAAACUGCAUCUCUGAUCCUGUCUAAUUAUAGGACAAAAUAUAAACUUUGGGUUCGGCCUUGUAACUUAUUUCAGCCCCGUAAAGAGGGUCGCUUAGGGGCGAACAAUAAAUGUAUCAAAGUAUCGCUGAACAGGCAAUGGAGACAGCUAUCGACUUAACGACUUAGUGAGGCGCAGCGCGACCAAUGACAUCGAAUAACUUCAAAAAGCCUUUUAGGCCUUCGUAAUCUUAUAACCUAAAUCUCUCCAUUCGGCCGGUAACUUCGUUUCAGUUGGUUCCUCGGUGUCCUAAAAGGGUCAACACUUUUAUGGUAAAUACUCCAAUGCUCCUUUGAUGCCUACCAACUUUUCAGUUUCUAGACUUUGGCUCUUUGCAUCUUGGUCUUUUUUUAUAGCGGAAGCCAUUAUUGCCGCAUAAAUCUCUCAUUUCUUUAACUAUAUUGUUACAUAACACUGCUUUCAGACGCGAAAGGUUUCCGCAAAAAAUAUUUACUCUAACGGAAACGUCUCAAAUGGCCAGAGCACCGUAAAAAGAACUCAGAAAAAGACCAAUAGCAGCUUGAAAAACAAGGUAAAGAUGUUAUUUUAAGUAUACAUGCAUUCACUUCUCUAUGCUUGUUUUUGUACAUGCAAGUUUUAUUUAUCCUACUUCUGGUGGUGCAGAACGUACGGAGUCUAAUCCGGGGAAGUUGCGGUUUUGUGUUAAAAAUACCUGUUUAAACCGCAGCUAAAAUAAUGUCGGUGAUAACGUGCUUAGUCGGCUAGCUCCACACGAAGCCUUAAGCAUUUGACUUUGUGAAGGAACAGGGGCAGUAGCUAUUGGAAGCAUUCGUUAGACAAUAAAAAUUUUAAAAAGGAUUUUUGAGGUUAGUCCUACCGUACCAAAGGACUACGCACGUGAGGGAGAGAGAGAGAGUGAGACACAGGACACAGGUAGCCUUGCGCCAAAUUCCAGGGAAAAAAGUGUUGGGGUUAAGGCUAGGGUCAGGGUAAGUGCCAGAUUUAGGACGUGGAGGCAGGAACACUUCCUGGAAUCUAGAGUAACGUCACCUGCAUCUUGGAGGGAGUUAUUAUUCCGUAUCUACCAUGCAAAGGGACCAUGCAGUCGAUUGGUUUAGGGCGAACUUCCAAAAAUGUUCUUAUCAGGUAUUUUCCAAUCAUUUUCCAUGUUGCUGUAAAAGCAGUCAGUAGACAAGGAACAGAUUUUGGUAAAGUGCAUCGACCCCAUGCUUUAUUGGGUGCUCGGUUAUUUGAUGUAUUCAAAAGAAUAAUUCCCUAAUUAAUUCCCACCUGACGUGCACCUGGCUCGUACACUCAGACCGAUGAGUAUCUAUGGUGUCAUCUAAGAGGAGAAUGGCCCUCGUUACAAUCAACUCAUUUCCACACAGUAAAACAAAAACUAGAGUUCAAAAGGCAAUUUGGUGAGCAUACGUCUGCUUUCGAUAAAUUCUCUCCAGGCCUGUGCAUUUAUAGGGCUACUGAGGUAAUGAAUUAAAAGAUACGGGCAAGUAGAUAACAAAUUUAUAGCUCGGGUUUCGGGAGGGGAGUGGGAGAGUGAGACACCACAAUUCCAGUGUGUGUAGUGCCGGCAUUGGGGUAUCGCCGGCUCAUAGCGAAACAGAAGUCGGAAAUGGUCAUUCCGGCAUCCCUGUCUUUGUCGGUAAACACUUUUCUAGUACCGAUGGCUAAUCGCCCGGUGACCACCGGCAGGGGGAACUAGAGACAUCCUGGUCCGUAACCUACAAUCAGAAUAGAUGCGUGCAGGCCACAGCCAAGUGAACAAAACUCCAACCCUCAGUGUUUUAUCAACAAAUUUAAGCAAACGCAGGCCUCGGUUUUCCUAGUAAACUUUGGUGGAUAUUCAGUCGAAGAAGUUGCGAUCAAUCAAACAUGAAGUUUAUUGGCCUGACGUUUCGGUUUCUUACUCGAACACAUCAUCAGAGAUGGUCGCAUAGAAAGGCCAUAUUAUUGACAUUUUAUGGUGCUCUAAUUAAGUGUCUGUUUUAAGGCUAGAAAUCUGCUAAAAAACUGCACUCUGUGACAUUUACCUGUGCAAGAAUCUGGAAUUAAAACGGUAAAUCUCCUUAUUUUUAGCCAGCGAACGCGCUGCAGGACACAGCCUUACGACCGGGGAGUUCAGUCAGCUCCCGUGAUGAUGCUUCAUUAUUCUUCAGCAACGUACGUGAUAUAUUACUUAAAUGAGCUUUACAAUUUCUUCUAUGAUGUGCCGUAGUCGAAUUCACACCUGCGUUGUUAACGGUUGCAUAGGGCGUGCCGGACAACAAGCUUUUAAGGUGUUAGAUUGCUCGUAUUACGAAGUAAUGAAACUUAUUUGCGAGAACCAAGUGGAGCAAAUCGUGGACCCUGGAGACUCGCCGUCAGUCCUCAUCACAGAUGGGUGCAGUUAAGCUAUGAGCUAGCAUCACUUGAAUUCACUGGUGACCGAGAUGCAUCGAUGAUUCAAGUUGGUGAUGGAAACAGGGUUUCCUUCGUCAGUUGACUCGCAGUCUGAUUGGGCCGUUAGCUGUGGUGUAAAUGCGUUUACCGAUCGAGUUACUGGACAUGAUCGUCCCGCCGGGCCUCAGGACUCAAUAUAGGCCUUCCGCAGGAAGUCGCAUAGCAACAGGUUAUAUGAGUAGGAAGGAGUGUUGACAAAUUUAACAGUGGCUGGAAUGGAUUUCCCAUCGAAUUACGGACCCGUUGUCCUAUCAGUUGGGCUCAGGAAUAUUAACUAUGGUAGGAGGACGUUCACAGAUCGUAUCUGCAUGUAGUACUGGUCUCUUUGCCAUCGUUUGCUGGGGUUUCUAGAUUGGGAUCCCGUAAUCCUGCACUUCCGAUAUAGUUAAUAUUUCCGAUGGCAACCGACCGGACAACGGGCCCCUGGACUUAAUAGCUCUCAGGGACCGAAGGUUCCGCUUUCGAAUCUCAAGUCAUCCAGAUCUAUGAUUGGGCAAGCCUGGCUGAUGACAGCUAGUUAUCCGGAAAUGGCAAAGCCAAUCUCCCAUAGUAUUGCCAAUAAUCCAUUGAGACCAUUAUCCGCCAAAAAAAAAUCGUUUCAGAUUUGCAAAAGACCUCUCCUGGCUGGAGGGCAGCAUAAUUAUGUCGUCCGAAAUAUAACGCUCUCUAAGUUGCUUAUGGCUACGGGAUAUUUUCGAGCGAUGGCGACAUACAGCAAAUCACGUAGGAUUGACUUGAAAUUUGGAUGCUGGUUGCUUUGGGAUGCUCGCGUAAACUCAAGAUGACAAGCUACAUUGACGCAGACCAACUUAUUCGCAAGCUUUUGAAGCAUCGGCAAUCAUCAGCGUUUGUAUUAGUCAUGUUAAUCUUACGUUCUGCAAAUCAACUUUGCUCCACCUCUAUCUUGCGGUCGAAAGUCAACUCAGGGUUUUUGAUUCUGCACAAAUCCACGCUUGUCGAAAGGAAUCUCCGAUUAAAAUUUAAUUAAGUUCUUGGUAGGUACACUGGAAAAACAAAAUUAAUAAACUGCGCAGUUAACGUGGCAAGUAACUUGGCAGCUGAGUCCUCGUUUCUACUGCUUAAGGGUUGCGCCGAUAAAGAGAAAUCAAGUUACACAUAUUUCAUUAAACAAAAAAUAUUUUACAAGUAUUCGACCAAGGUCUUCUUUGCAGAUUAGUAACGUCCUCUGGCUACAGCCAAGAAAACUUCGUGAUACAAUGAAUAAUAUUUCAACCUCCACGUUGAUGCAGGGUCGUAGGCCUACUCAUAUUUAUAGUUUCCAAUUUUUACACCUUUUAAGGAAUUCAUCAGGCUUUGGUCAGGCUUAAAGUCAUGAUACAAAUAUGUCAUUUAAGUCUUACUACGAAGUUGCGCAGUAUUUGAAGGCAAUGUAUAUCAGUGGAGCCUUAUUUUUUGACAUUUAGUCGGCAAUGCUACAAAACACAUAUCCACAAGACAUAAAUUUUCUAAUUUUAUCAGCAACAAGAAAAAUACAAAGAAAUUUGGAAACAUCAGAAAUGGGGGGAGGGGUGGUCGAUGAGGGGGUUCAUAGCCUCGUAAAGAGAGUAGUCUUCGCUCACAAGAGAAAUGAACACAAAAUAAGGGUGGGAUCUACCGGCCUCCCCAUUCCUUGCGUUCCUAAAUUUCUCUUUUUAUUUCUCAGUGUUGGCAAACUAGAAAAUUACAUCUAUUCCUCACUUUCUGAAAGUCCUAGAACUACCUCUGGGCCGACUUGGUAGCGCACACUUGAGAAAAACUGCCGCAGUUAGGCUCAGGGAAUAAAAACUUAAAUACGCGGGUAAUUUACCAAAACAUGACCACAUUCCUAAGAAAAGUCCUCGUUGUCGUGAUAUCACCGACUAAGGUCCACACGUUUUAGACUGCUAGGUCCUUGAGCUGCCUACCUAUAAAUCCACGUUACUUUUGAAAAUCGACUAUGCCUCAAAGAAACGUAACAGAUUGCCGCGUGUGUUCGUUUUCUAGUUUGUAAGUAUCCAUUCGUAAAAAGGUCUAAAGCGUGUGCUAUGCUAGUAUCGGCAAACCAUGGCCUUUGCAGCCUGGUAUGCGCUGGCAGUUCCCCGACACCUGGUUCCCUGUCGGUAGAUACGCUUGCGCUCCCGCUGGAUAUGCAGGUGGCGGGCAUGGCUGCCCAGUCAUCCACGUCUUUUGUGUUGUUGUUGGUCGAAACCCUCGUCAAGUGUAUGUUGUGGACCAGGGGGUGUGGUGGCACGCCUAGGUGCGGGUCCGGCCGCGCCAGACACCUGUGCCCUCCUUCGCCUCCGGUCUUAUUGACUCCGUCUUGACACCGAGUCCAGGUUGGAAGGGGGAAAGUGAAGGCGCGGUAGAUGCUUCGCAAGUCUGCUAUCACUAUAAACUAAUUCACGUGCAAGUCACCGUGCCUGUUACACCUAGCUGUGUAACAGACGGUAGACAUCGUCGGAAUCCACGGUCAAACUGUCGUAUGUAUCCAUUCUUUUAGAUACUGUACCUCCAUUAGCUCUUAAGCUAAUGUCCGGCCUAUUUUUCACCCCGAAUGUACUCGCAUUAAUUUUGGAAAUGGCGCUCAGUUUAAAACAAUAAUUAUCAAGUGACGUAACUUAUCAGUUUACAGAAUAGUUUAUUCGGAUCGCGCAAUUAUUCUUAUCACAAUUAUUCUCUUAAAUAUCAAGAAAUUCGAGCCAAGUCAUAGCUUAAAAGUAGUUCAAGGAAGAGAAGGAGCUGCGCAACAGAAUUCCUGUGUUGUUGACUUUUCGGAGCGUUUGUUCAACUCAUUAUUUUCGAAGCGUAACAAAUGUGGUCUAAAGGACGUCAUUGUUUUCUGCUUUGCAGGUAAAGGAAUUCCAGAAAUGCAAAAAUCCACCUGGCCAGCGCAAAGGUGAUUCAGGGAAUAUUUUCAAUGUGAGUCCCUCAUUUUGUUUUUUAGUAGAUAGUAUUAGUUUGUGAUUAAAAAGUUUGCAUUGUUGAGAAAGUGGGAAAUUGAACUUGGCAACUUUACGUGCAGACCAACUCAGAUACAUGCUUUAUGGAUUCAAUGAUUUUUACUCUAAAGUUAGAUAAUUAAAUCUGAAUCCUACACUAAGCUAUUUUGGCAAUAAAAUAUUUUAUACCUUUAUAUAUUCAAAAAACGGCGAUUAUUCCUUAAACGGAAUUUUUCGCUCUUCCAAAGAGUUGGCAUUUCUAAAAAAAGCAACAUUACUUUUAACAUUUCUCUUAUGUUUUAAUUCCCUUAAAGUUGUUAUUUAUUAACAUAGAUACUGGGUUCACGCACUGAUGUCGGUUUGCGAAGGUUAAACAGUCGUUCUCAAAUUUCGACACUUUUCAUCUGUUAGGUCACCCAAUGUAAGUUUGCUUAGGGGUUCCGAAUAUGCCUUCUGUUCAACCGCAAAAUGAUGGACAUGAAUAUUGAUUCGGGAAUGGAACUCAAUAAGCCCAUCCACGGUCACAAGGCAGAGUGAAUAAAAAGCUCCAAUCGACGAGGAUGUGUAUUGAUUUGUGCUUUGAUCAUGCAGUUGAACUUUAAUCCAGACUUUUCGAUCUUCGCCAUCUGCAGGAUUAAGGCAUCCUUGGGAGUCGGUCAAGGAGGUCUCAUAGGGUUAUAUCAAAGAUAAAUCUGGAUCGCUCCUAUGACCAAUAGCAGAAAUACAUUAAUUAAGCCUCAUUUGGCAUGAUUAGGAAGGAUGUGCAAAUUUUUUUUAGCUAGAUUCCACAUAACUGGUCCCCGCGGCAGUACAGAAUGAUUAUAUUUUACCGCAUUCUACGAUGGUUUCUGUUUCCUGGUACUAGUGAGGGUAAGCGAAUCGAGUGAUUCAGCUUUUGAUGGAAGAAGUCGGGUGAACAACUUCUAAACAACAGAUCUUUAUACAGCAUCCGACAGCCACAAUAAAAAGAAUAUCUUCAGAAAGUAACUGCGAACCAAUUUCCAAAACUGGACUGUCUACCAGAAAGCAGACGGGGAAUGCUGGGGGACCCACUGAUGAGCCGAACCCUCGCAGCUGUGCCAUGCAGCGGCAGAAUAUCGACGAAACUCGCGUGUCUGGGCUUUUAGCCACUAUCUGUGCUGCUUGUAUGGCAUCAUGUAGCCCCAGAAAAGAAUAUUCUGCCGAAUGUGUCAGGAAAGUAGCCGAAAGCAGUUAUUUCAGACUUAUUACAACGGAGUACACUGCUACUAGUGGGCAUCACGGCCUGCAGUUAGGUUAAGUGACGGCGAUAUUCUGCGAAACGCAGAGUGCAAAUUAUCAGCUGCAUGAGAACGCCUUGCUGAACACUGUAACCUUCACGCGUUAGAAUACUUUUGAUGGGUUAUAGUUCCAAAUACGCCUUAUUAUAGGCAGGAUGCUCUUCCGAUCGGACACACCGUCCAUUAUUUUUACAUAACAUAAGCAGGAAUAUUCUGAAAAUGGGUGUCGUCAAAGCACCACUGAACGCCCGUGAGUGCAAUGAAAUUCACAUCUGGUAGCAUUAAUUACGAGUAGCGUAUAGCAACAAAGCGUAGGUUGGUAGCGGCUAAUUUUGUCUCGCGAAAUGACUGACUGACACGAGCAGAAAGCUGAUCAGUUCAUAUCAGCUGGCGUAGAUGGCGUUCAGACCUCGCAGACAGCCCAGUGUUGUGUUUGUGUGGAGCGGCCGACUGGUGGUCGAAGAGUCAGACUGUCAAGACUCCUUCUCCGUGUGGCCUUUAUGGCACUCCCACUGCGUUGGAUCCGAGCCAGCUGUGGAGGCCCGCCUAGGGGCGGAUCCGGCCGCGCCAGUCACCCUAUAGCUGUUGGUCAAAAUCCUGGUCAUUUGUUGUGCUGACUGGGGGAUGUGGAGUGAGGCGCGAAGGUGCGGGUUCGACCGUGCCAUCUACCUGCACCCUUCCCCGUCUCCAGUCUUUUUGACUAUGUCUUGACACUGGGUCCUGAUGGAGAAGGAGGUGGGGAGAGCAAGGUAGGUGUUGUGCAAGUCUGUCCCCAUUAUAAACUAAUUCACGCACAGGUCACCGUGCCUGCUGCCAACUUGUUGUGCAGCGCAUGGUUGACAUCGUCGGCAAAGACGGUCGAACUAUCAGCGAGUAGACUGACACAAAACUUCGUCAAUUUCUUCAGAUAAUUCUACAUCAGUGCAACUAAUAUGUUCGCAUCUGAAAUACUGCAUUCGAUAACUUUUCCCAAACUUGGUCGACCGCGGUUAAGCAUCUCCUACUUCUUCGACUCUACGAUUGCUAUCAACUCAGGACGAGGAAGAAUAAAGUAAUCAGAAUUUCUGAAAAUGUGUCUGCUUAGAAUGGAGAACAGGCCUUGUGCUAGCGAUCUGAAUCCAGUCGAUUAGUUUUGCUUCAAUCACCUCCUAGGAGUCAAGAAUAACCGAUUUUCGCAACAGGUCUUAAAAACACUAAACGGUCUACCAUACUAACAGCACAGGUACUAGUUAAAAGCCGACACAUGCGUGUUUUGUCAAACUUCUGCCGCAGCAUUACGCAGCUGCGAAGGCUUCGGCCCAUCAGUGGGCGCCCCAGCGUUCUCUAUGUUUUUCUGAUAUACAUAUGAAUGGUUUAGUUUUUGAAGAAAUCACCAUAUAACACUAUGUACAACACAUUUUGUAUAAUAUGUACGUAUAUAUGGUAAUAUGAUAAUACACAAUAUAUGAAGUGUAUAAAUAAAUAUGUAGACUUUCAAAUCGAGCUUAUAAAGUAUAGUUCCGGAGGAUUUACUCUAAGUUUACGCACUAAAUUCCUUGGGAAUUAAACAAGGCUGGUUUUAAAAGUCACUGGCGAUUUCUGCUCCCUCUUCUAAUCUAAACGUCCGACAAAAUACAAAAUAUGGAGGACCAUGCAAUGGGAAUUAAAAAUGCACUCUGAAUGACUAGCAUAUCGGUGCAAUGAGAUAACACUUUGGAAAUUUUGAAUUGCCGUAAAGCAGACCAGAUUGCAGUGUUUUGGUCGCUGGCGCUGCCAGAUUUAUUACUCAGCAGUCUGGCGUUGGCGUCGUAAUCGAAUUACUUCUGGUGCAAUUAUCCGGUAACCGCAUGCGUUCUCAGCACCUCUGACGUCUGGUUUGCCUCCCCUCCUGAGAAACAAACUUUCAGCCGAUAAUGAGAGUUGGAUGGCGUCAGCCAGACCCUACUAAUUACUUUUUGACAUACAGCUCACUCAGGAGCCAACAAAUACUUCACAAAUUUCUACUUAACCAUCACCUCCUCCAGAAAACUAUCUCCAAACUCGAAACUCUGACUGACUUCCUGCGUUCCGAUCACAAUGAUCUAUGUUGAAUUAGGCCCCAAAGGGCAGAGAAUGUCAUAAAUUCGGCUCCAAACUAGUUCGAGGCUUGCUUAAAAAUUUUCGACAAAAGAACCAAGAUUUACCUAAAGCAGUAGAUUUUUUUAAAUGUGCACUUCAUUUCAAGGUACAUUCAUAUUUACUUUAAAGAGAGGGAGAAGUAAAUUGUUUUGAGAUCAAGAUCACUGCUCACUAUAGUCUUUAAGAUCAUGGUAGAAAAAAUUGAUAUCGUGUUAUAUGGAAAGCUCCUAACCACCAAUGAUAAUUUUAUUAACCGGCAUCUCUUGGAGUUUCGAAAUUUCGAACUCUCGUUUCGGAGUUUUGUAGUAUGCAGAAGCAGACGAAUGCUGGGAAAUUUGCCUUAUUUUGACAUUGAACAUAUCCCAAGUAGUAAACCGGCGUUGGGUUCUAACGGCUAUUGUAAACAAAACAGCUCUAAAUGUGAGUCGCUCAGCGCGAACGCCAAUCAAUCGUCCUCGCGAAGCCGACAUCCUAUAGUUGUGGCUGUAAGUAAUGCGUCAAUGACCUACUGGCUAGACUUCUAAAUCAGGAGGAUCAGGGUUGGUUGCUGAGUGGUUACCUCAUGGUCUUAGCUUUUCAUCAUGCUUUCUGGGAGAGGGGGUUGGUGCAACGGUUGUGCAUUGUAUUCCUCAAGCUUAGACCUAAUCAGUCUUAUUUUCUACUCUCUAAUUUUAAAAUGGUAAGUCAAAGUGGGCAGUUAUCAUCAUGCAUACGCUUCGUAGUAUUGCAGAGAAAGUUAAAAACUCUCCUUCUUAUGUCCACAGUCUGCCCAAGACAUUGAAUUAAUUAGUAUUUUGUAUUUGUGCUUCCCUUUGGAAAACAGAACGACCUUCUUUACCAACAGUCGGCGGCUCAGAAGAAUAGGAUGGGAUCUGAGCGCUCGACCGUGAGAUCUUACAACAGCGACGGGGUAAGUUUUCGUGUCCCCAUUUUGGUGCCAUUUUGACGUGUAAUGUCCUCCUGCAACAACAUAUAAAAUAUAGGUAGAAUAUCAUUACAUUCAAAGAAAGGGGAGACUGAAAUUGUCAUCUCUGGCUUAUUAGCCGUCGUCGGCCAGCCAUACCCAAUGAGGAGAUGUGGAAUACCCGAGGAUCGAUCCCGCGACCUGUUAGUUAGAAGUCCAACGUCCCUAAUCAUUUCGCCACUCCGCUUUUAUUACGCGCUGAGUGCGGUUACUAAUUAGGCUUGAGAGAGAGAGCCCCAAAGCGCAACAAGAGGAGUGCGUUCAAUGACACGAUCGGUUAGUGGACCCCUCUACCAUUGUGUAUACCCGAUCGUAACCGACAGGACAACGAGCUUGCUACUCAAUGGUUACUGGCAUUGGACUUCUAACCAAUAGGUCCCAGGGUCGAGCCCCAAGUGUUUCACACCUCGGAGUUGGGUAUGAUUGGCUGACGAAGGCUUAAAAGCCAGAAAUGGCCACUGCAGUCUCCCCUGUCUUUAUUGGUAAUGUUACCGCCAUUAUGUAAAAACUCUACUUUCCUGCAAUCCACUUUACCAAAUUCGUAAAAAUGAGUACAGGCGGAUGGACGCGGAUACACGCAUCCGUCGUUUUAUGCAGACGAUGAUAAAUAUGUUUGAUGUCUUAAUACUUAUAGAUAAGACUCAUCGCCUCGUAUUUAUGGUUGAACACUAACAUUUCGGCUUUUAACAAGCAAUUUUUGCUACCGUCUCACACGCUUGCCAUUUUCCGCAUGGUGUAGAUUUGCAGCUUAGUAUUGCCGCAACGUAAUUAAAUGUAAAUAUAAGUUCUGUGAGUUCCCGUGGUCAAGAUGUUAUGGUUCCUCACCUUUUUAUUCAGUCGGUGAAAACACUUCGUUGUAGGAUGGCAAAAUUAGUAAAAGUAAGUAGAUAAGACGAACAAACAAGCAAUGAGUAACCAGGAUGCCUUGGAAAGAUCAAAAAUGCAAUUCGUAACGGUCGCGGUGUUAGACGUCUAGAACUUUCAAUAUUUUCUUCGGAAAGCAGUAGCCUUAAUAAAAUUCAACGUCCAGCUGUAUUUUUAUACGCAGGAGUAGUUUGUCUCAGAUGCAUAAAUGCCCGAAGUUUUGACUCAUCAAAGUUUACAAAGCCCUUUAUGCGAUACUGGUGAUUUCUAGGUUUCUAUUUACUCUGUUUUUGCAGUCUUCUAACAGAGGCAGUUUGUUUGUAUUGCCCAUUUUUGUCAAGAUAAAGAAUAAAACCGCCUAUUUUCGCGUUCAAUGACAUGCUAACGAGACGCCCCAAAAAGCGAAUUAUGUGAGAUUAUUUACAAUGCAUUAAGAUGGCAGACAUUUAUAACGAUGCAAAAAGGUCUUCGGCCCAGAUUUCCAAAGUGCUGGUAGGAUAAAUAAGCCCCUGCAGAGAGCUUUUGAGCAAGAUUUAUGUGGGAACACUGAUACGGCAUUUAUUGAUCUUUGAUUUAUAUUUCCGAGAGCAGACUAGGCGUAACCAAUCAUCAGGUGCACUUCUUCACAAGCCAGUGAAUACUGUUUGCCUGAGAACAAUUCUCCUAAUUUAGUAGAGUCACUGAAUACUUUUCAACUAUUCUGGUGUUUGAGAUAGUGGUUGAUGGUCUGUUAUGAUAAUGCCGCAUCAGACUGCGUGUGGUACUACAACGAUGUUUCUCAAAGUUAAAAUUAGAACGACCUACUGAGUGGUCAACAAGUCUAUUUCCUGUUCUCUUACUGGUCAAUAAAAUAAUUAAAUCACAUUCGUCAGAUGAUUGAAUGAACAGCUAAAAGACAGGGAGGUAGCAACGAAAUUCAUGAAUUUUCCAAACGCAACCAACACAACUGAGCUGGUUUUUCAACAUUUUCUGAUAUUUUAGGGAUCACAUAGAAACUUUGCGAUUGCACAUACAUUUGGGUGUAAAUGCACUUCCGAGAUUAAAUUUAAUAUAUCUGUUAGCAUCCACAAGAACAGUUCAUCGUUUGGAUGGAGUGGCAUCCAUUCUUCCGAGGUGCGUUUGUCAUAAUUACGUAUCGAUUUGUCUGUGGGCGUGCGAGGAAUUCGUGAUCGAACCAAUCAUAGGCGUGCAAGUUGGGGUGAAGGUUCCAUGCCUCUCAGUACGUAGUCACGACGAAGGAGUGAUACAUUUGGCAGAGACAUGAUAAAUAGAAAAAUCUGCCAUAUGUGGAUGAGGAAUUUUUUCAAACGAACCUGAAAAUUACCAAAUUUCGCAUUUUUGUUUAAUACCCACUUUACGCAUUAGCAAAACGCAUCAAAUGUUUGAGGUGCCAGGAGGUCGUUCCCCUGGGAAGCUUGAAAUGUGGAAGAAAUUUCAAAAUCAAAAUCAGAAAUCGUGGCAGUCAAAGGCUUCACAGUUCAACCGAAAAUAGUCAAGAUUAAGCUAAAACUAUCGCAGUCACCCGUGUUUUCUAGACAUUAACUUCUUAUCAAAUUGUUUUUGGAAGUUCAUAUUCGAUUCGUAGUGACUAAAAUCACCAAUCAGUCAUCUUCCAUCAAACUAUUUUGGAGCUGAUGCUAGCGUCCAUAUUUUAAUGGAACAGUUGCUAGGUCAAACAAUGGGAAAAAGACUCACAAAGACGGCCGAGGCUCUCCUACGACAUAUACUCAAAACACUGGCUUCUGGAAUUUGAGUCCGAUGCCUAGCCACAAUAAAUCCCCGCUUUUCACGUUAAGCUUGAUAUUCCCCUCAAAAGUAAAUGUAUGCAUGUGGAGUAAAUACUUCGUGGCUAACCCUCUGUGGUUCCUUCUGAAAGUUGGCCUGAAUAUUUCAGUUGACAUUCAUCAGCCUCACUGGAAUAAUGACCAUUUGACAGUCAAGAUCUUUCCACGAAAAUAGUUAAUAUUACACCUAUGAUGUCCAGAAAAUUAAGAGUUUUACGGAUGGUAUGUGAGAAAACUAGUUCCGUGAGAGGUUUCAACAAUCGGAAGUCUUUUAGUGCAGCCUACGGGAACCGGGCCAGAGGCACAUGUAGGCAAAGCAGCUUACUCGCGGGAUAGGUGGGAGGGCACAGUGUUUAACGGGCAAUGAUGCCAGGCUCGGUUCUAAUAGCUUAGCGCUGGUACUCAGGGCCAAUUUCGAUGGGUCGACAUCUAACGGAAAAAUGACCUCGCUAUAGGAUUUCGACAACACUCUGUCUGCUGUAAACAUUGUUCUGGCUCGAAAGAAGAAGCAGAUGUAACUUCUGAAACAAGAAGCUUUUUGGCCUGACUUUUCAGAUUCUCGGUCGAGCCCAGCAUCAGUGACAGUCGCAGAUAAGGGUAAUGGUGGCACAGGGGUUGCGGUAUUUAUAAGAAGCAGUUGCCAUACAACUGCGUGUCUACUAGAAGUAGCACACACGUUCAUGCGAUAAUCGCUUGUCAGUCCGCAACCGGGGCGUUGAUAACCGUGAUUUCAUCUUCGUUUUUGAUUCCUCGGCCAUUUGGCUCGUUGUCGCCGUGGGGCUAACUGUUUUGUCCAGCCAAAGUCUCAGUGCAGAAUAUGGGACCGAGGUGGCAUUGCGCUUACUGAUUGACUGCCAGCCGGAGAACCAUGAUUCAAGCAGCUCGCGACUCACGCGACCAGCACCUCUUGCUAGAAUUUCUGUGUGGCCAAUAAACUUCCUUUUCCAAUAAUCAAAUCUUCCUCCUCUGAACUGUUUACUGGAAGCCGCCUGUUUGCUUCUAUCGGCAAACUUUCCAAACUAAUAGAAGUCCUCGAUACAACGAAGACGGAUGAAGAAACACGAUUUUCCCCAAUGUCAUUCUCAUCGACAUUCAGCAAUGAUGAAGACAAGCCAUAUUCCUAGAAAGUGCCGGUGAAACGAACAUUUACAUGAUAAUACCUGACUCCUUAGUCGGCGGAACUAUCCACCUUCCAAGACUGGAUGUUUGAGAAGAUUCGCCAAUUGACUCUGCUACCCCAACUGUUUAAGUCAAAGAUCUCGCCUCAGUUUCGCAUACAUACCCUCCUAGCCAUGCGGAGCAAAUUGGUCAGUUCACUCGAGGAGCUUCCGUUACAAAGUGAAACCAUCAACCCGCGAAGAAGUCAGAGAAAGGCACUUUUUAUUUCUCGGAAACGAAUUUACGCCAAGUGGGGAAACUAUGCUGUGCAACUGCAGCAGGAAAAACCGUCAUGGUGUUUGAGGAGGGGACGUUUUCACGCCUAGUUACUUUCGUGAUUGCAGUGUUUCGAUUUUCAGCUCACUACUUAGCUGCAUCAUCAUCCUCGAAGUAUGUGACCACUGAAGUAAUUUGACAAUCGCUAUGACGCAAGCGUCUGAGACAGGUAUGAGAGCAUGAGUCCGAACUUAGUCAUAACGACGACAACAGCGCAGGGCUGUCACGCGUUUCAACGAGGUUGACAGCAAAGGUCGCUGCUUCUCUAUCCAGGUAAGUGGAUUACGACUAGACGACACGCAUGACUUGCUCUCCAAACAUCAAAGUCACCUUUUCCAUUCGGCACCGGUGACUUUGCAGAGCAGGACUAGAAAGGGGCGGCGUUCAUAAAAGCUCAUAACACAUGGACGUACAAGCUACCUUCCUUAGAUUGCCAUUGCAAGAUGAUCAAGCCGGUGUAUUUUAUCUACGUUGCUUUGCCUGCAGCUUACGCAGAUGGAAAUUACGAAAAACUAAAAGAAGGGCCGGAACGUCCGUUUUUGGCUUAUCAGACGUCAUCAGCCAGCCAUGUCCAACUCCCAGGUUUUGGAUCAUCUGGGAUUCGAACUCGGGACGCUUGGUCCUUGAGUCGAAACCUCCACUACUGAACCACAGACCCGCUGUUCUGCCUGUUGCGAUCUGGACUAUUAACUAUGAUAGAAUCGUGUCCACCGAUCGGCUCAAUGGGCAUGAUCGUACCGUUCUGCUUUGGGAUUCGAUUUAUAGUCCCGGAGACACUCGCACAGCGACUGAUGCUAUACACAGGGGAGAUCGUGGACGAAGAUAUAGGAAAGUGGGGUGAUCCUUACUGGCUUAUUAGUCGUUAUCGGCCAGCCAUACACCAUUCCAAGCUUGGAGCAUUUGGGACUCGAACCUGCCCCGCUAUCAGACUCCUUCUAAUAGGUCAUGAUCCUGCGCCUACUCUUCGGAGUUGGCAACGGCCUUCUCGAACUAUCAAGUCAGCUUCAAUGCUUGCUAGCAUUAUUUCCCUCACGGACCCCAGGCAGACGACGACAGCUUGCUCCACGCAGUGCACGCAGCACAGGCGACUUGCGCGUGACUUUUUUGCAGUGAGGCAGACUUGCGCAGCACCUACCACACUCUCUCCUCCUCCACCCACUUUGAUCUGAUGGCUAGACCAUGCCAGAACGAUUGCAGGCGGACUUGGGUGCAGCGGCGGAAAGGUCUAAAUAACCCGUCACGCGGGCAACAUACGAUCUGGUCCUCGCAGUAUGCAUUGAAUUUUCACGAUGACGGUUCAGAUCUCACAUGUGUGAGAUUGUUAAUAAGGACUGCGGCCGGGCUCUCAGUCCUAAAAAAGACUGAAUUUUCCCGUCAGUUGAAAUACUUCUAAGUCGUGACUCUCAUCGUGCAGCGAUUGAUUCGAGUCAUUUAUGUUCAGUAUUGUGAGGAAUGCGAUUACCUGUGGUUUGGGAAGAUUCCUCAGUGAUGGCCUUACUCUCUCCUGUUUAAGCCUAUAGACCAGCUGGUGAUGGGAUUGAGCCCAGUGGCGGAGGCGGUGUGAGGGUCUACGUCUAGGCAUGCCACCAUACCUGCCAUAGACCACAGUGGUUAUGGGCUAGCGUAGACUCAACGCAGCCUGAUAAACGCGUGCCGCGAGCCAGCCGGAUCCCGUUUUACCCCAGUGCAUCAGCAGUACAGUUCAUUAUGGGGGCCGACACACACAGUCACGAGAUGCCAUGGAAUUUCGGUCGCCGAGGUGGGCAAGCCUUUCAAAUACAACAAAACCCCAUCAUGAGGGAGUCAUUGCUAUUUCACGUCCGGUCUGCUUAGUCAAGCUGAAAACUUUCAGCACCAAUACUUCUUAAGUUCUACGGUGGUUUACGAGCUAGCGCAUGGUCACUCAUGGCUGUAGACGAGGUACUCAAUAAGUACUGCUUCGUAGAACUCGCCUUUUGCCUAUAUCGGCAGUCGGAGUAGCGCACGAUUCUAAUUAACUUAAAUAGAUAGUUGCACGUCUCCUCAUAGCGCGAGCGGAGUCAUCCAACCAAUCGGAUUGCUCUAUUCAACCGGUGCGUGAUUUGAUUUUUUUCGGGAGCGCGAGGAUUCAGGUCGUUACCGUUGUCGAGGUGCCGUGAGGGACACGGGUGCGAAGAGUGUGGAUACCAAAUAUUUGCAAUAACAGUAGUGACUCGUACUAGGCUGAGUGUCAAGGUCAUCUGCACGCCCCGGUUUCUUGUGUGUGUGCGCGUCCUUGAAGGGGCAGGUUAUCGCUCGUGUGCCGUGGUGACCACAUUGAUCAGGCUGCAGUAAGUAGUCAUCUUGCGGCGGUGUUUGUUUAUGUUACGAAGACCUCUAAGGAGGUGUAUCCUAACCCUCACCGUAUGCUGGCGGAGUUAGCAGGUGGAAGGGUUUAAUCACCCGCGGCUAGAUUUGACUGCUUCUAGCCCAAACCGUCGUCAGAGUUCUAUCAAUGGGUGUGAUAAUGUUGAAUGAGGCCAAUCCAGACAUUGCAUGUACACGGAGAAUGACGGGAAGGGGACGACAUUAGCACAGUACGUCUUGUGGGCGAGUCGGUUUGGCAACCCCACUGCCCAAAGCCUCUUACAUUGACAUAACGGCGUUGGCAAGCCAGUGCGCCCCCACUGGUCGGUCUCUGAGGAAAAGAGCGUGCGCAGACGCCCUGCCGGAAGUUCGCGCACAGUCAGGAGCGCGCUGGUUGGCCGACAAGUACGUGGGCGGGGAGGUCGGGACUGUUCUGUGGCCUGGUGGUUUCCUGAAGCGGGUAAAUGUGAGGCGUCGAGUUUUGGGGUGCACUAGCAAUCUUGGAAAUUGUCACUCAACGUUUUUAUCUCUCUAGUGUUCCUUAGCCUCCUGAAUGCGAAGAUUGCACAUCCCUUUGAGGGAAUACUGCAAAAAGACGGAGUAUACCGGCUUAUUUUUCGUCAUCUGACUACCAUACCCCAGGCCGGAAGCAUCUUGGCUAUUUGUCAAGCACAACCUCCACGUGCAGGUCCUACUGUUCAGACAGACCACCGUGCCUAACGGUGCUGUUUAAAGAACUCUCGGAAUUUGUAGAGUGACCCUUCCCCGGGCGUCUGUUACAACGGCCUCUACGUCUGGUGCGUGCUUGCAGCAGCCAGUGGUCGUUUGGCCUUGAGAAGUUCGACAUAAUGUCGUCAUCGUGUCUGGCCAAUCACCGACGCUGCUAGAAACUGCAUGGUCUCCGGCCAAUCACAGGCAUCCCAAUCGGCCAAUCAAAGCGAACGUGCCCUCAAUCAAAUCUCUCGGACGCGUGUCGCCUGUCUGGCUGUCAACUUGCUCCAACGAUAACUGACUCACUGCCAAAGGGGCGUACUCGGCCCGCUGUGCCCUGGGGCUCAGUCCAGAGUCACGCCAACAACACGCCUUGGUUUUUUUAACAUGAAUAUAUGCACAAAAUUAAGCGAGCAUAGUCAGUAAACCCCUUGCAGCCUUUCUAUCCUCCCAACUGUUCUCAUACAAACACUAAAAUUUAACUUGAUUAGUCGGACGCCCGCAUCGGGACUGCACGACUUUUCAACGUUCAGUUAUCAUGCAUGCAAGUGAGGGAGAAGGUCCAGAUUUCAGUCUCAAAACGGGUCUGCUCUGCUCACCGGGAUGUUUCAGCCUCAUUGGCAUCGUUGUAAUUCUACUGUCCCCCACUCCCUCUUGCAACCGCCACUUUGAUGAGGAACGUUGUUUUUUUAUUUUUGUCUUUUGGCAGAGUAACGACACGGGAACGUACCAAGAAGUGCGACGGACAGGCGUCAAGGACUUCCCACUGACCGCAUCUACACUAUCUCUACUGCCGACAGCAACCCCAUCGAAAUCGUUCGUGCCUCUGGCACCGACAGAGGUCGGUUACUUUGCUCGAUAUGCUAAGAUGUUCUUUCCAAAGUCGUGAAUAAUAAGGCAACACAGUCUAGGCGCUGUUCAAACUGCAGAAUUCUGUCAAAAUUUAAUGCCACUGCAUAAUGAACAUUAUUCUACCGGUAGAAGCUCUGGAACUAGAAAACUUGGCAUAAUGUCGUUGAGCACCCUCUAGAUUGCCAUUUCCUCACCCCAAUAAUCCCCUCUAGAUCUGCAUAAAAUGCCUUGGUAAGAGUUUCAGCCGACGCGAAGACGUUUCGAGCCGUAGAUAGUGACGUAUCGGGUCCACAUCUGAAGUCAUUAUCACGGAGAGAAGCAGAUAGGGAUGUGGUUUUAAACCUACCGAGUUCCCCUAAAUUUUGUGGCCUGACGAUCGCUGAGAAUUCUUCGCAAAUAUUCGAAAUCGGAGGAGCAGUUUUGCAGACAAAUCCUUUCCGAAUAACCGCCACCGGCGAUGAAUUACGUGAAGAUUGCUGGCCAAGUCGUACGAAGUUACUUCGUGAUGGCUUGGUGAACGACGUUUGGGAACGCACAUGCUUCAAUCCCUGUGCACUUUCAGCUAGGUUACCCCCUUCUUCGAGGAGACGUCAUGUCGGGCAAGCAGGAUUCCGUUUCAAACGUUGGUGUCCCAUUUCCUGCGAGUCCUUUCCCUCCUCUGCUGUCGCAUCUAGCAUCUUCCAGAGGACCGUAUGCCGUCGUAAACGACGAUGCCGGCCGAGUAGGGUUGACUUGCGAAGCACCUGCCGCUUGUAGUGGUCAAGGACGUGAGAUCAACUUAAACUGCAUACAAUAAUUUUGCUCCGACUAGUAACAGAAGUCAGGAAGUUGUGAGAACAGGUUUAUUCUGUACGCAGGGCAGGUCGCCGUAAGUUGGCUGUAUGCUUGUGACAGAGAUUAACGUUCGCUCUUGAGAGCGUCAGUUGCGGUGCCUUCUGUGUGUCGCUAUCGCCAAAAAGGGUGUUGUGUCCUUUUUGCCUCUGACCUGUCUGUUAAAAAUCACGUCCGCAAGGGCGCCGUCCCGUGUGUGCCCUUGUAACCAAUCCGCGAAAGAGAUCGCAUUGAUUGGCUUCGAGAGCACGCGAGAGUAGUGGCAAAGUAUCGACCAGGAGUGCGGUGUGGACGGGAUUGCAGAUCGAGGGUUAGCGAGCACGGCCGUGGCGCGUAUACAGUAGAACGAGGGGACAGAGAAAAGGCUGCUACACGCUCUCGCACCUUCCCCCUCCCUACCCUGCUCCUUGAGCAAGACAAUGUCAAGGGGACCGGAGGGGGGGGACGGGGCGGGCACGUAGUGCCGGUUAGAGUUAAGCAUCUCACGCGCACAUACCACACACGACCUGCUCCCCACCGCAAGGACGGCUCGGAACUUACAUGCGUGCGCGCACUACAAAGUACAUAUUGAGAGGGAACCAUUGUAGUCUGACUCGCAUUCACUCCAAAAUACCUCUUCGAGGAUCUACGUAUGCCAUCAGUUGGCAAACUGCUAGAAGGACCGUAUAACGGAUGUUCAAAUGCGAGAAACUGUCCCGAAAAGGAAUGCCGCUAAACGAGCUUUCUCCGAUACUGACUCAACCGCUUUGCCCACCGCUGAAAUUACAGGAUCUGUCCACUUCUUUGGACGAUGUUGAUCGCAGUUAUUGGGGACGUUUUAAAAUUUGAGCUUAAAUAGAAGGGUUAACAACCAGAAAUUUGACUAUUCCGUCUCUUAUCAGUUAGGUCGCUCUCGUCUACUCUAUACUACUAUAGAGAGGAAUUUUUCUCUGUUUUCGUCAAAAUGAAGGUUUUCCACCAUAUUCAAGCAACCGUGGCUGGGUUUUACACUAUAGACGAGUGCCUUCUUUUUGGGCAAAAUGCCUUCCCUUUAUUUUGGGAAAAAAACUUUAGUUCCGAUAAGAAAUAGGCCCCUUCCAAAACGUUGCUCACUAACCUCGACUGCAGGGUGGAAUGCGGAGAAUUUGUUCUCGUCGAAUAUGAGACCUGGCUUUAAAAUAUAAUUAACUGACAAGGUUAAACAUCGCAUUUCUUAAUACCGCUCAAUUUUGGAGCGCAACUAGCUGGUCUAUUUAGAUUUAAACGGUAAUCGGAGCGGCGAUGUUGCUGACUGUACCACAAUGCAAGAACUGCGCACUUAAAAAGAUCGUGUCGUGAAGGCAACUCCCUUAAAAAUACAAAGCUGCAUUUAACUGCAGUUUGUUAGGCAGCCAAUAUCAGAGAAUAGAAUUUAAGCACUUGUUUCAACCAAAAGGACCGAGAAAUAUGCAAUGAACAUCACACUUUCGGAACUGAUAUGCACGCCGGCCACGACGGUUUCUCCCCUUGAAAGUCAGCGAGGUCGUUUUUAUCCGAGGCAUCAGUCUUUAGGCCGAGUCAGGCAGUGAAAUUUGGAGUAUGUCAACUGCAGGAUAAAAGGACGAAUACAUAAAUCAGAGGAACAUAUCAACUAAAAUUUAGAGUAGGAUGGAAUAGUGGAGCACAUUUGUUUUAGCUAAAACCUACCCGCGGUGACUCAGUACACAUACAAUUGAGUCAGCUGACAGCGCACGCCUUGGUAACAAGUUGAUUGACAGAUUUCUAAAAUUGUUUCUCUCGCCUCUACCUAGUGGACUGUGGAAAAGCCCGGGCGACCGUUACAAACUCUGUCAAAUACCAGCUGCGAACAUGACGAUCUGUACGAAUUUCGGGAAAAGGUAGGUCCCGCUUCACAAAUGUCUAAGUCAUAAAAUUGAAUAAGACCACUGGACUUCACUGCAGCUUCAAGUUUACUGUCCGAACAACACACGGUUGAAGCAUGACCAGGCCUGCCUCCCUUCUACGUCGACAGAUCGUCGACAGUGUCUGGCGCUGCACACAUAUUGGAGAAUCAGGGGGAGGACUUGAAGGAGAGUCAUGUCCACGCUAACUAGGCCAGCUUCCGCUAUUAUCUGCGUGUACACCCUACAGCUCAUCUUUUUGGAUGCUUUAAAAAGGCCUGUUUUGGUGGGCACUGGUCUUUUGGGAUCGCUUUAAUCAAGUAUUAGCUGCUCUGAAUGGGAACCACAGUACGACGGGGGGAUUUACUGUCGAAGGGGAUAGUGGUAAAUUUUGCGUGAAUUUGGUUGCAGUGAGGAAGAAUAGCACGGCAUCCAAUUAGGGUUCGAACGCAACUCCUCCGACGUUAGGUCGACUCAAUGGUUUACAUUGUCAUUCAGUGUCACUAGCUCAGCAGGGAAUUUUGCAGCCAUAAUUGGGAUAUACGUAGGGUGGCUGUGACAAGACCAGGAGGGAUAAAUAAGCACAUGAAGUGAUUUAUAGUGAAGCAGACUCGGGUAGCAUAAACCGUACCCUGCCCCGCCCAAUCGACUUAGGUGAAGUAGCAAGAAUACCGGGUGUAGUUGCAGGCUGACAAGACUCAAUAACCCAUCCGCGCGAGCCACACACGACCUCGUCCCAAAAAAGUCGAAAAAAGUCGCUUUGAAGGACGAUUUGGGUCUCAAACUAGUGAGAACGCCAUCAGGGGCACGUCGAGGGGCAACCGCUGGAGCCUGACACUCAGUUUUCCGAUGAAUUGAGUUAUUCCUUCAAUCGGCGAUCCUUCGGGCCAGGACUGAUGGCAUUUCGUGAUAGGUUCAAGUGCGUGAGGUUUAUUGUGGUGAGAAAUCCGCUGAUUUGCCAUGGGAAUGGAUUCUCAAGUGUCGAUCUCACUCUCACUCUUCCCUCUCCCACGCAUCAGCCGACUGCUCGAGCCAGUUAACCACUACUUGGUGAAGUUGGGCGCGGUGACCUAAGCGGCGUGAAGGCCUACGCGCUAAGGUAGGCCACCACACACACGUACUGUGGUAGUCAGUUGCUCGCGCAGCCUCAACGCAACAUUAUAAACGCAUACCGUGGGCCAGUCUCACUCCCCCGUUUCAACCCAGCACCUCUGCGGCGCCGCCCCUUGCGUGAGACAACCUUCAGUCUAGGUAGGACAACAAUAGCAAACCUGGAAAGUCUGUCGCAGAUUUUCUGUUUCUGUCUUUCUUAAAACCGCUGAACUGUAAUAAGGCGCUUUUUAUGUAUCCGUCGAUGUCUUCUCUACAGGACUACAUUGUGCCCCGGAACACAAAACCCAUCCCCUUCCCGUACGACAGCCCGACUGCGGGAGUGACUGCGAAGGAAGACAAGGUUCGUUUUGCUGUAAUUUGGCGGGGAAUUUGUUUGUAUAAGGUCGUCCAGCAUAAGGUGAUUGAUGUGGAAGUUCGACUAUUGGAAUGCAUGGGCUUCAUUAACUUAAAUGGCCUUCGCAUAAUGGGGUUCCAAUGAAAAGCGUUCUGCAGGCGUGGUAGUUUUCGCAUUUGGAAUUUAUAAACUACGUUGACACACCAAUUAUAACGUUUGACCCUGAGAAAUUUUAAUUACAUCGAAACAACUUCAAGCAACGGAAAAAGUGGCAGUGACGGACACUGUAAAGCUGCCUAGCCCAAUAGCACCGACUUCUCUAGGAUGAUUCGUGAUAUGCGGACUUCGAACGCCAUUGUGUGGCAAGCCAGGUUUUUCUCCGUUUGCCGAUCCGGAUUCUAUCCCAGAAACCUUAAUUGAAAUUCGGAAAUAUGUUUUCGAUUCCGAAAGAUUACUUAAAUAGGAUUGUAAUACUAAUUAUCCUGCAGCACAAUAUUAUGAUAGCUCAGUCACAGCCGACUUCAGAAUGAGCCUCUUUCCAGCUGCUUGAGUAGCGUAAGGUUUUCCCAUUGAUUUUCGAUGUCCCCAUAAAUUUAACUGUAUUUUAUGUUAAAACUUGCAAGAAGACAUUCUUUGUAGUACUUAUUUGGUAGGGAAGUACGCCUGCUCGAAAUUUUACAUCCAAAGACGGGACAUCUCUCGGUUGUAAACAAGGAUUUCCAAUUCCCGAUUAAUUUUAAAUUCAACCUGCAGCUACUUCUGCGCGUCUGAUUUUAAAACUACAUGCUGUGUGCUUUCUGUUAAAUGAAAAUCAUAUAUUUCUCUACGUUGCUAAGAUGACUUCACACAGAGCCCAUAAAAUGGACUAUGGUGUAUACAUUAUGAGGAAAGCUAAUAAGCAUACUAAUACGGUUCUGUAUGAAUGGCCAUUUCACAGUCUUGAUACGUCGGAACUACAAAACCUUUAAAGCCGAAAUAUAUCUUUUCUUCGAAUGUAUACUUCAAAACGGACGUACUUUUUGCCAAAUGAAUACGAGAAGGAAUGAUUUCAUGCACGUCUUCUACAAGAUAUAUUUGAAUCUACAGAAAGCUCGAAAUUCAGUGGGAAAAGCGCAAUACUGCUUAAUUAGCCACUUCCUACGGGGUGUUUUUGUCCAGGUGGUUGGAAAAAGGCCCAUUCAAAAGCUGGCUUCCUGGAACGACCGGAGUAGUUUGGGAUUCCGCUGCACGAUAACCAAUAUUGCAACCCCUUCAGAAUAUUCUUUCCGAUCGGAAACAAAUUUCAGUAUUUCAGUUGACAUUUCCUGAGGUAUCCAUCCUACUGCAUCUCCUGUGGGCUAUUCCAUAGGGAUUUGAUGGAGGGGUUUUGGCCUUCGCCGUCGUCCUUGAAUAAUCCACGUUAACAUUCGUUAUAGCAGCGUUGACGGGCACUCAAAUGCUGAUAUCGCUUGCUUUGGCAGACCGGAAAGCCUCUGAAAAGUAAAAAUAUUAUGACAGAUGCUUCCUGAUUUACAACGAAAGUGACCCUCGUUUCAACCCGGUGGACUUGAAGACAGAAAUUCCUCCAGACUGCACCCCAGUGGCUUAGAUAAAACAUUAGUGUCACUGAUUUCUAAAAAAGACACUACAGGAGCAUGUCUACAUUACUUGUUUUUGGUAGAUGCGACUUUUUCCUGUGCCCUCCAAGGCAGUGAAGUCGUCGUCCACCAAUCCCCGCCGGUCACACUUAGUGUUUUAAGUCAGCUGUCGAGGAAAUUCGACUCGUUCGGUCAUUCUCUCGACAAUUUCACUUCAACCUAGUCCAGAGCUCCAAGCCCAAUCUGAUAAUGGGAUGUUUUAGCUGCUCACAUUUUGUUAAUUUUGUUGCAUACCUUGGCGUGUUAUUCGUGCGCAUCAGAUUUCGGGCGUUUUCUCAAAUUAUGUCCAUUCACUUUCUAUGUUACUUUGGUCGGAUCUUGUUUUGUAGACGUACCUGCAGCAGACAGGCCCUAGCCUAACCCCUAAUUCCAGCCCCUAACCCUAACCACUAUCCCCUGUCCUUAACCCCUCACCCUCAACCCUAAUCCCCAACCCCAAUCCCUAACCUUAGCCCCUCCUACCUAACCGUAACCCAUAAGUUCAGCCCCCAACUCCUAACCCCCACCCCUAACCUUAACCCCUCACCCCUAAACCUAACCCUUAACAGAUACGGCUACUAAAUAGGAUCUUGCUGUCACUUCUGUUCAUAUUUUCAAUAAUUCAGUAGUGGAGUGGAGAUUUUAAGCCCCCGAAGAAUGGGAUGCAAUAGCUGGAACAAAACGUUUGUUGACCUGUCGUUUCGGACUCUCAUCCGAAUCCAUCCUCAGACACAGUCGCAGGCAAUAGCCAUGUACGCAUAAGGGAGGCGGUAUUUAUCGGGAUGCAGUUGCCAUGCCAUCACAUGAUGAGCGGAAGUCCAGCCCAAGUCGUUAAUUCCCGCAGUUUCAUCACUGGCAUUGAUUCGUGGAGUAAUAACGACCUGGGAAUUAUGCUCGCUGUAACUGUCAUUUGGCAGCGGCGUUCUUCCGUGCCCUCAAACUCACCUCUUAGAUUCUGUCGGUAGAAGCUCAGCUGUCCACCAGCAUGCAUUACCGACUUCUGUGUUAUAAGAUACCUAGCAUUCUGAGGGGUGUGUACAGCUGCCCUGCAAACAGUUGAUGCCGUAUCUCUCGCCUUACGAUAAAUCUUGGGCUGCAAAUAGCAAAAUACGCAUUAAAUACAUGUAGCACCCGAAGAAUGUUGGGCCACGAUGGGUGUGAAAACUGAAAUGUAUUGAGCUGUUGUGCGAAAGCGGGCAAUUACUACUCUUUUCUGUAAUAUUAAUCUGUUUACUUUUAGUAAGCGCACCUUCUCCUUUAUGUCUUUCUUGCAGACAAACGCUCCAAAAACUUUAAUGAACCGCCCUCUGAUACAAACUCCGCAUCAACUGCAGUUUCCGCCGGAGGCUCUAAAGCCGCCAGUCACGGUAACUGCUUUUGGACUCUAAAAACCUUAAAAUAUCGCUUAGCUUCCUUUUACUCAGUUAAAUACCUCUGCACUAGCCUUGAAAGGUGCAAUCGCUCAUUUUAGAUAUAUAACGUUUAUUGUUGUUAGGUAGGCUUUGCUGGUGUAUUUCGGGGUACUUUGCAUUUCACCUCUAAAUCUCAGCGUUAUCUCAGUUGGUUCGAAUGGAAAAGGCCCUUUACAGUGCAACAGAAAGGGAAUACAUUUUCCAGAAUAAGUCUACUUAAAAAGUGGCUCUUGUGGAAAUAAUUUGGCACGCUAUAUGCACAGCUGUUCUUUAAUUUUCGUCGUCUAUGUCUAGUUCCCCCUAACAAAGUGUAAUCCUAAACCCUUCCCCCUUGUAAGGAGUCAGGUUUGCUAUCUGUAUAGGGAGUUAUAUGCUGCUUGUAUUGCGUGGUGAUUGGUGUUCUAUUUUUCUCUUCAAACGGCCCCUAUAUUCCUAAAUGUAAUAAAAGUUAUAUUGACAUCCUAUACAUCCUGAUCCAGGUCGUGUUAGACACUUUCGCGUCACUAUGGAGGCAAUCUUACAGCCUCAUCGUACAUGACUACUUGCUGACUUCACCGACUCAGUUGGCCUAGCCUUGACCGACUUCGGCUUGUUCGUGACCUUUAUCACCCAUACGUCCAUUCCAGAGUGAAUAUAUAUAUAAUGGUAGGGGACGCUUACCGAUCGUUCAUACGGAACUCACUCGUUCCGUUGUGCCUUAAUGGCUCUCAUUCGAGCCCAACCAGUAGCCGCACAGCGGCGCAUGAUGUGAACGAUCGGUGAGCGCCCCCUACCAUUGUAUAUUCCUGAUCGAAAACCGGCAGGGCAACGGGCUCGUGGCGCAGUGGUUAGAAGCGUAGACUUCUAACUAACAAGUCGCGAGUUCGAGGUUCGGGUGUUCCACACUUCGGGCUUGGGUAUGACUGGCUGACGACGGCUAAUAAGCCAGAAAUGGCCAUUCCAGUCUCCCUUGUCUUUGUCGGUAAUGCCAUUCUGCCUAUAUAUAUAUAUAUGCGCCGCUAUGCGGUUGCUGGUUGGGCUCGAGAGAGAGCCCUUAAGGCACAACGGAACGAGUGAGUUCCGUAUGAACGAUCGGUGAGCGCCCCCUACCAUCAUAUAUAUGAAGAGAAUAAUUUCAGAAAUUACUCAGUUCAGGCCAUGGAGAUAAGUCUUCGGCAUAUGAAUUUUCAGGGUCAGAACCGAAAUCUCCAUGAACAUUUGAGCCGAAUACAAUCGACUACUGUGGAAUAACCACGUAAUGCCCAUUCUACAAACAAGUUGUAGUACGAGUAGUAUGAAAUGUAUGCAUCGAACGUAUUAUACCGUAUUCCAGACAUAGGUACCAACUAAAAGGCCAGACUCGUGUCCCGCCGAUAUUCUGCCGCUGCGUGACACAGGUGUGUGGGGUUCGGCUCUUCAGUGGAAUAGUUGCCUGAUGACGGCCGACAAGCCAGAAUGCCAUUCCAGUCCCUGCUGUCCGUGUCGGCAGUGUUAUUCUGUGUAUCUAUACAUAUAGUGGCGGAGGGAGACUACACAACCACUUCCGGCUUUCUGGUCGUCAUCAACCAGCCAAACCUAACCCCAGGUUUUGCUACCCCUGAGACUCCAUCCCGUGACACGUCGGUUAAAAGUCCAAUGCCCUAACCGUUGAACCACGGGUUCGUUGCCCUGCCAGCUGUUGUCCGAUGUGUUAUCAACGGGAACGAUUAUGCUCUAUGCUGCAAUCGAUGAGCACGCUUCUACCACAUAUAUAUGCAAAGAUAGCGAGAAAAGACGAAGGGACACUGGAACGGCCAUUUCAGCCAAACUCAGGGUUUUCUUUAGCAGUUGAGCGUUAUUAAGACCAAUGCUCUACCAGUAGGUCACGGUUCUGUCGUUUUGUCCGUUGCGAUCGAAAAUAGGGACUUAUUUUGGAGGUGCAUUCAUCGAUCGGGUGACGGGCUAUGUUCACCCCUUGUGUCUUGGGGGACUAAAACGACCAUUUCCGACGUAUUACACCUCGCCAGCCAGCAAUACUCCAAUCCAAGGUUUGGAUGCAUGGGAGUCGAACCCGGGCUACUCUGAUCACUGCAAGUUAAAUCCUAUGCGUUAACCUAAAACCAUGAGCCGUUUUCCUGCCGGGUGCGAUCGGUAAUUUACCUAUCUAAGGAAGCUUUAACGCUACUGCAACGAACUGUAACUUUUGAAAAUAUGGUUUCGUCUGCAUAACAGUGUGGAGCGCAUUGUAACCGUGUUGUUAUAAAGUGGAUGCACAAACAAACCAGUCAGAAAUGACCACGACAAUAUCCCAACCUACUCCUUUAUAAGGAAAGUUGUCGUAUGUGAGUUAAGGUUUGUGCCACCGACAACUUGGCACACAAGUCCAAACCCGCAGAAUAUUCAAAUCCCUCGGGGUGUGCUCUUGAUAUGCAGUUUCCCGUGCUGCCACUGCAAACAAAACAUUAAAAAACCCUACACUUCCUGCUUUUCUUUUACAUACAAAAUUAUUAGAUGUAAGGCGCAUGUAACACAAGUUCUGUUUUGCAAAAAUCUGUCGAAAAUAACAAGACCCGCCGGCCAGUCAUUUGCGACAGUAACGCUUCAAUAAGUAAGCGGGAAAGAGGAAGACUGUCUGAGCAUCGAAAAGUUUCUCUCACUCUCUAUGCUUUCAAACUCGCUCAGAAGACCAUCAUCAGAUAUGACGGCAGCAACAGAACAAGCUUCAGUUAUAGGGAGCCAAGGACAACAGAGCGAUCAGUGAUUCAGGUACUGAGGUGACUGCCCCGGCCUCUGUGUCGACGCCAGAUCAAUACACAGAUUGUAUGAGUUCUCAUCGAGUUCCAGAUGUAAAUCAAUUCUUGAUUUAUUCUGCCUCCAGUAUGGACAAUAAUCUUGGCGGCUGUGAAUUUGAACUGAUGACCCGUUUCAAAAGGCAGCCAUUUACGCUAAUUCGUCUCCCCGUCACUCGUCUACGGAUGAGCAGUUCCAGCCCUUAGGGAGGGAAAACUCACAAAAUUUCACUUUUCCAUAAAGAUGAGGUAAUUUGCCGCUAGGAAGUUCAAAUUUUGAAAGAAAGUGCCCCCACCCCACUGCCUGUUCCCUUUUCUGCCAACUGAGAAAGUUGAAAUUUUCCAGAAGGGAACGAAGGCUUUUGGUAGCCAAGUAUAAUUACUUUCUUUUCUUUUUCAUUUGCCGACUUUCUAGAACCUCUAUUCAGGGGCCUCGAAGGAGGCUAGGAAGGCCAUAAGUUUCCCCAGCAAUCUGAACAUGGUCUCAGCAUCAAAAAGGGUAAGAUUUCAAUUCCCUUGCAAUGGUUCUCAAUCAAAAAGUUUCAAUGGUACGGUCGGGGAAAGGGAUUUAGAGUGCCCAACCAAGCAAAUGCUACGAAAAUGCGCCCUUCCCAAAUACGUGCAGUGUCAGGCUGUUUUUUAAAGCAGUUGCUUGUGAGCCGGAAGUCGGCGGUGGAGGGAAGAUGUUUUGUUCUGCCACAUCACUAUUAAGAACGACAGACUGCCAGUUCACCUCCUUCCACCCUCAACGCUACUAUAAUGGCGACUGAAUCAAUGGCAGUCGGAUUUAAGUUCUGCCUUUCUUUUAAGAAAAACGUAUUUGAAAAGUCAAAUUGGCGAACACUUGUUUUCAGUAACUCUUCAUCAGGCCAAAACGGUUACAUAGAAGUUUAAGUUAUGUGAAUUACAUGACUUAUAAGUGAUUCGGGGACAAUUAACACAUCCAUCGUUCCCACGCCAAUCAUCGUUCUCACGCCACUCGCAUGACGAGGCGUGCUAUGGCGUGGUCGGCGUGUCGUGGUCAUUGGGUUAAGGGGGCGACGGAGAGGGGGGGCAUAGGCUGUGAGUACGUCGGGUACGUUGUGCACACACCCUGCCAUCAGGAGGUUGGGGCGACGUUGGGGUCGGCGUUGGCCACGGAAGACAGAGCGCCUGUGUCAGAGUCUUCUGACAGCAUAGCACUGGAUUGGCUAGCCGUAUAGCCACAGCCUCAGCUGUUGUUAGCACCCGUUGGCGUAGGCCUUUGGAGAAGCCUGCUGGUGUCAGGUAGACAAUCUGAAAGGCUUCUUUGGCAUCGACUCGGUGAUUCGUAUCGACAAGAUGUGCGAGAAUAGAACUCGAGAUCGAUUUCUUCUCACCUUUGCCUGGCCAGGCCGGUAUGUGCUCACGUACUUUCUUUUCCAAGCGUCUCGUUGUACGGCCGAUGUAUCCCGCUCCACAGGAGCAAGUGAAUGAAUAAAUACACAUUGAUGUGGCCUGCAACGGGAGUCGGUCUUUACCUCCCAAGCGUAGGAGGGGAGAGUUAGUGAAACAUACACGUAAGUUCGCCGCGGGGAAAGCGCUAGUGAUCGCUGUCUUCAGACGUCUUCUUACUAGGUCACUUGCUGCGUCCCCUUGAAAAGUCAGUCUUAUAAAUAAGUCCUUCUUUUCAGCAGUUGCCAUGGUAGGCUUUGCAGUGCGCUCCCCUAUAUUUCGUAGGAUAAAUCUUUCUGGGUAUCCGUUUUCGUGGAGUGUAUCCCGCAGCUUCUGGAGUUCUGCCUACACAGUCUCAGGAGAGCAGAUACGUCGCACUCUAGCUGCCAAUCCCUGGACUAGAUUUCGUUUGAUGUUGAGGGGAACAAAACUGUGGAAAUUAAUGUAUUGUCCCGUCCAGGUAUUUCUUAUUAUUCAAGCACCAUUAAGUUAGCAAGAUGCACCAGGCGUCAACCGUACCACAAUGGACGCCCGGACAAGAAAACUGGGGUUUCUUCGCAUCGAAAGCUAACCAACAGCUCCGGCUCGGACAGUGGUUGGGGCCAAGGUAUGGGAGUAGACAGUGAGGUCAAUGUCGGUAAGAUUUUGUUUGGUAACCCCACCUGAUGGACACAGUACUGUUGGGGUUUGGGCUAAGGGUUAGGGGUUAUGGUUAGGGGUUGUGGUUAGGGGUUAGGGUUCGACUUGUAAAAAAACCCUAUUACCACCGGUCCGUAUAAGAGGUGAUUGGGGUUUGUUUACUUCAGGUGGGGCUACCAAACCACAUUCGACCUCAAUGUCUUAGCACAUUUUUCUCACUUUAACCAAUUUGGCUCUUUCGAAGCUAUCACGGUGCGCUAAAAGCCGUGGCUUGGAAGGUAGCCAACUGGCGGGGAUAACUCGGACUUCGUAGUCAGCCCAAUGUGUUUUUUUGAAUCUACGAAAGCGGCACAAGGCAUUUCACUCCCAAACCUUUUCCACUAUCUCCCCGUGGUGCCUUCUAUCCAGACAGUCUCCUACCUACAUUCCCUCAGACGCUUAUAGCUUGCUGCAUUCUCCACUUUUCCUUUCAGAAAGGGCAGAUAUGAGCAACGCCUAGUUGAUCAAUGAAGAGUACAUAUCUGACCUUCUAAUCUGCUUUCUUUAACUGAUAUUUCAGAAGACGGUUAUAAUCGAUGUGGGCAAUUACUUCGUUCGUGCUGGCAUACUCAGGAAUCAACGUAAGUUUCCCUGUCUUCUAACUUUUGCAUCAAAGGACGUGCAUGUAAGAAUGUCUGCAUCACUUGAAGUUCGAGUAAACUAACCUAGGAAAACAGACAGGUUUUUGCAGAUUCAACCAGGACGUUUAUGCAAACAUCCUAGAUGCUGAUUUUAAAUUUAGUACUAUGCACAUCUGGAAACUCAGCGGUGAAAAUCCCCGAUUUUUUGCUACCGAACGAAACAUGGGGGAAGAAAUGCAGAUUCAUAACAAAUUUAGGCAACAAUUCAAAGCUUUAUUGCAGUGUUGCACUCAGUAACGGGAUUCCAAGCGCAAAAAAUCGAUACUUCAGCCUUCCAGCUGGUGCUUUUUGAUCCAAAUAAAAUAAGCCAGGUUCAAUUUUAUUCCUUCAAGCGGCACCACCCGAGGUCUGCUUCCCCACUGUGACUUCAUUCCGCUCGCCCAGCAAGGCAGACUUGUCGAACACAGCGGUUGAACCCUCCACCAACCGGAGUAUCGCCGUCGGGGAGAAGGUGUACAAAACUCUCUUCAGCGAAACUACUGCACAGCAGAGGUUGGUAUUUCCCCUUCGACAGCGACAGAUGGGUGUAAGUUGAUGUCAGGAAAAAAAUUAUCAUUUUCAUAAGAAACGAAUAUUUACGUCGUAAAACCACAGUAUGCCCUGCCCCGGCAAUCUUACUAAAACAUCUUUUAUUGUCUGUUAAGUAGACAACCAAGGAUACGUUCCAAUUUAUUCCCGACUCCUCAUUAAUAUUCGGUGACAAAAUCAGUAUCUGCCCACGGUUUCUUAAACGAAGGAUUUCCACUCACAUCAGCGGCCUCCUAAAUGACCGUUAGUCUAAAAUUAUACUGGACCUCUAUAGGGAACAGGUGGUUUAAGCGGACCACGGCAAAUGUAAAUGGCAUAUUUUGGACCUGAAAAACUCAAAAGUUGCUUUUCUUCUCCUGUUUAAAAGAUGAUCAGUUUUGGCAACAUGGGGCAGUCUGAAGGAAUGACGGCUGGCUGACGACGGCUAAUAAGCCGGAAAUGACCAUCUCGGUCUCCCUUGUCAUUAUCGGUACUUCUUCCUUCUAAUACUGCUUUUCGUCAUGCGACUGUCAGUGAGAGUUCUAGACUGAGCCAACGAGACGAGUACGCCCCGCAACCUGAUAAGUGAACGUCCUUCCUACGAUAGUAAACUGGCUAUACAUGCCCUAGCAGUUUAUGUGUGUAGAGUAUUUUUCCCGACUCGGCGACCAUGAUGCUAACACAUAAUGCAACCCUGCUGUUACGUAUCCGCAGUCUGCGAUCUUGCAUGAUAAUUUGGUUAUUCAAACGGGCAGUUGAGAGGCACAGGAGAUCGUAGCUCGUUUCCUGAAAUGUACUGACGUUACUACUUUCCCCAGCGUUGCCCAUACAAGCUUAAUUUAAUCUCUUAACUUUACUGACAAUGACAUAGAGUCAGAUUUAGAGAGCAUUAGUGAGAUGGCCUCUAUGCAGAUAUUUUUUUCUGAAUCGGCCCACACCUUCCCCUUCGGGGAGACAACAAUCUAGGGGAUGGAAGGCGAGCGAAAUCCCGCUCUUAAUCCAAACGGAACACGCAACUUCAGAGUGUGCUAAACUUAUGAACAUUUCCAGCCAAUAGUAAGAGCCUGACGCAACCGGAAAGCCAGAAAAAGCCGAUCACUGCAUGGCGUCAGAAGCCCUCGAGACUAUUCAAGGAUGGGAAUUAGAAAGAGCGUCCCGAAAAAAAAUCUUGACAAAAGCGUCCUCUUGUUCCUAAUGGCAACAGCAUCCUAAAUCGCGUGUGCUCUUCAAAAACAUAAAACAAACAAUUAAACUGCUACUAUAAUAAAAAAAACUUCCUGCGCGGAAAAGUAUUCAAAUUUAAUUUACAUCUCGUAAGACAUUAAAACUGAAUUGGCAGAGGUGUUGCCUGCACGUGAUGCAUGCCUGAGAAGUUUUCUUAAAGAACCCAGAGCUCUAUUACCCAUAGUCAUUCUGUACCGUGCCACAGGCAACGUAACCAGGGAAACUCGGCUAGACCAUUAAAAGUCGCAGGGGAGAGCUAAUUUUGUGUGAUUAGAGGAUUUUGAUAGUUUUUUGCAGUUAUGUACAACACCACAUUUUAUGCCACACAGGUAAUAUGUUAUUCUGCAUUGCGGAACUAGUUGAUUAGAGGAAGCACAUUAUUGGCCUACCCUAACAUGGAGUUUGGCGAUUUAGGAUGUAAGCAGUGAGACAUAUAUAUGUAUAAUGGUAAAUGGGUGCUCACCGGUCUUUUUUACGGAACUCAUCCCUUCCGUUGUACCCUACUGGCUCGAGAGAGAUCUCAAUAACUUUCUGUAUUUACAUAUUUACAUGCAUGCAUGUUAGAAGUGUGUUCAUCGACAAGGUUACGGCACGCGUUAGUCCCGCUGUAUUUGGACCUAGAGUCCUGCAUGCAACAGCCCAGAGGUCAGCAGCAUAAGCGACCGACUGGACAACGAAUCGUUGACUCAGCAGUCAGUGUCGGACCUACUAACACCUAAAAGAAAAAUGAACGUGGGUUCGUUCUUCAGGUGCCACACAUAUGAGGCUAGCUUAGGCUGGCUGACGACGGCUAACAAUCCACAAGUGCCCAUCCCUGUGUCUCAUAUCUUUACUGAUUACUGCAUUCUUUACGCACAUAUACAUAUAUAUGUAGAGACAAGAGAAGAUCGCCGACAAGUACAAGGGGGACUCGAAUGACCAUUUCUGACUUGUCAGCCGUCAUCAGUCAGUCAUACCCAAAUUCAGGGUUCUGCGAUCCCUGAGGCUCCAUCCCGCGACCUGUUGGUUAGAAGUCCAACGGCCUGACCGCUGAGCCACGGGCUCGUUGUCCCGUCUCCUUUGUCUUUUUCGGCAAUUAAUAAGAAUCCUGGCAGAUUUUGAAUAAUUCAUUUUGACACAACUGUGAGGAACUCGACGGCUUAGGCGGGAUUCGAAUCGACGACAGCAAAGGGAAGGUCUGAGUACAACCCACGCUCUAGCCACCUUAUCCACAAGGCCCCACCGGGAGCCGUGAGUCUGAUCAUAUUUCUGUUAAGUUACCCACCCAGCCUACUGAAGCGUCUGAGAGCCACCAAAUCUGAUACAGCAAGCUGACUGCCCAAACAGAACUUAUUAAGUAAAGAAGAAGAGUCGAGCACCGGAACACUGUGUUUAUUGUCCUGAGCUCUCAGACUCGUAGCAGCAACAGAACGCGCGACAGUUAUAAGACAUGUAGGCCAAUCAUCGACCGACGGCGCAAGACUGGAGGUGACUACGCAGGGCUCUGUACUCCGGGCCAGAUCGAUAAAUCGAUUGACCGAGUUCUCAUCCGAUGCCCAGGCUUCAAUCAAUUCUCGGCCUGUUUUGUUUCUGGCGUGGGCGACUAUUUUGGUGGCUGCGAAGUUAUGCUCGUGACCCAUUUCUUAGGUGUGGGCGGCCACUUGUGAUAAUGCCUAAGCAAUUCCUAAGCAAUCCAUCGAGAAUCCACCGAAUGACUACCAGGCCCACGUAAUUAAUGAAUUUUUCGGCAAUAUCAUUCUAACCACAACUCACGCAGGUUGAGAAGCACGGCUUCACAAAAUUCGAUUCCAACCACAUGUAGGGCAGGAAAGCAUUCCGUCACGCUUUAUUAAGUGGACAGUACUACGAAAGUACUGAAUGCUUUGCCAUACUUGACAGCCCAAGUACUAGCUAAAAACCUAGACACGUGUUUCGUCGAUAUUCUGCCGCUGCCUGACACAACUGCUUAUCAGGACUGUACGGACUGCGAUCAAAAGACGCAUCUCAUUCUGCUUCACGACUAGUAAUUCCAAGAAAAAUGCGAUCUUCCUAGCUCGUUUUCUUAGUAACUGCAAUUUAAAACGAUGAGAGCUGUAGAUAAUCUAUUUUUAAGACUAGAUCACCGGGCACAUAUAUCGGAUGCUAGGUAGGAAUAUGGCGGCGUUACGUUUAAAGUUUUGCCGUUUGCACAGGUACUCCACUUUUUGCCUUUUUAUCUUCCCAAAAAACCACAAGUCGGAUAGCAGUGAGGGUACCUCACCCAUCCCAGCAGAUCGACUAGGUGUCGAUUAGCGUGGCAAGGCGAAAGACACAAGAAUGAGAGACUCAUUCCACACAGGAUCCUGAGAUGCCGCCCCGGGUAGCACCACAAUCCUCAUGCCAGGUCUCAGCUGGCGGGAGAAGAAGAAUAAAGAUGCAAGAGUGUGCGAUUUACGCCUUACAGAAGCCGGGGUUGCUGUCUCGGUCGACAGUACCCACUGUGACAGUUUUAAGACAUCCCCGAGAAUGUGUGAGAGAGAAAGAGAGCGUGUCCGUGCUGUCGGCUGGCUCUGUCGGUUUGUGUGAGCGAGUUCAAGCGCACGAGACAAGGGCGGUUCUAGUCGUCUGGAUGCAGGUGUUACAGUCGGUCAGACAGUCUGGGACCGCUCACAGGCAACGUGACUGAUCUUUGACGCAAUCGAGUCAACGCGACGAGCUGUCAGCUACACUUCAAGCAUCAAUCCGGAGGCCGUCUUGGAAGGACCCAUUUGGCUUCUCUAAUACAGUGAGCAAAAAUACUAUGAGGAGGGAAUCCUCCGUCUUAUAAAUGACAGUACCCCCUAACCCACAAUUGUGAGUGCAAUGCACGCCUCUGAGGCAGUGCUAGUGGACUUCGUCAAAAAUUCCUCUAGGCUUACAACUCGCAGGAAUCAAUGCAGAUUUAUUUUGUUGUAUAGUUUUCCCUAGUCUUUACGAUGCUCUAGACGUGAGUUCAAGUCCCCUGUAACCCCUGCACACAGCUUUUACCUUCCCGGCCGGGUUCAGCGAUAGUAUAUUUGAAAUCUUGGAGUUCUCGCACUGCUAAACAAAGUGAAUGACGAAAAUUAAACUUUUUUGUAAACUUACCAGCGUACUGAAAGUUUUUAGAAACUGUUUCUUUUGCCCCCAGCAUAAUGUGCGCUCCCUUCAGGACGAAUAUUAAUGUGUUUUUCUCUUCACGUCAUCCUUCGCCUCAGGAAGCAACAACAAAGGAGAACCCAGAUAUUGAGACGUCAAUUCUUCGUGAGGUUUUUGCGAAACUGCACAUUGAUCCAGCCGAGUAUAAGGUAUGUUUGUGCAAUUUGCGAUUAUCGAUUUUCAGUCACCUAACCCGACGUCAUUAAUUGAUUUAAAUUUGAUAAAAUGCACGAUUAUUGUAUCCGGAGCAGAAAACAGUCUUUUGCAACUGCGACAUGUCAGUCAACCCACGCUAGAUUUUGCCUGGACACAAGACACAGGAAUAAGAAUCCCCCAGUGUAUUAAAAAUGACUUCUUGCUAAGUUGCGAGGAAAUUCAGAUUGGGAGUAAAAGUUGUGGUUAGUUCUAGGGGCAGGACUCAAGAGUAGGUACCCCUCCUGGGAUUGGGCUCGAGGCUACAUGUAUUACGACCAGCCCCUGUGUCAUAUCUUCGUCUGUUUUAUCAGUUAGAUAUCUUUAUCGACAACUGUAAACUUCCCUAGGCCGAACCCAAGAUGUAAAGUUCGCGACCUUUUAAGAGAAUCACUGGUUUUUUUGCACUUUCUGCAGGUUUUGCUUACCCUUCCGACACGAGCUUCAGCACUGCGACCCAACUUCCUGGUGUCUUUAUUCAGCGAAUUUGGCGUUCCUGCAGUGGCAAUUAUGAGCGCAUUUAGAGCAUCCUUACAGACCGCGAAGACCUCCACUUGCCUCGUGAUCAACCUUGGCUGCGACCUUGAAAUCCUUCCAGUGUAUCAAGGUACGAUGAUCAUCUUCUACAUGUUGUCGUCAUUUAGCAGACAGUUCAGUACUCCAUUGCACCUCUUUUUUGUAGACAUCUAGUAGUUGGUUGGCUCUGCCUAAACCUCUUCAGACGAAAGCUCAUCUACAAUCAGUGCUUCUCUCAUUGACGGUUUUUUUAACCAUUUCACCUAACUGUUGAUGUCGUUUUUGCACAGCGAUUGAGGGCCACACUUGGUUAGGUCAGCUAAGCAGUUACUAUUCUCAUCAUGAUCUCAUCUGACUUAUAUACUGACACGCCCUUCUCGUUGACCUCCGCGCACUACAUCAAUGGCACCGGCUAUCUGCUAUAAUUAUCACAAGCCAUCCGCCCACCACUGAAAUAAGUCAUCUGCAGUAACCUACUAUUACUUGAUAAAUUCUACUCCUAUGACUCAAUUGUGAAACAUUCGGUGACAUCAGCAGGACUCAAACCCAGAACCGCAAGGGCAGAGUACAGUCUUUCUUGUUAUCGUGUUAGCUACGACCAAAAUAAAUAUGAAAUACAGAGACGUUACGAGUCCUUUAUGGUAAAAAAAAGUAAAGGAAUUUUUCCUGAGGGGUUGUGGGAAAGAUACUAAACGACGAAUCCAGCACCGACCUGGGAGUGAGUCAGACACUCCCUACCCCCCCCCUUUUUUCCGCAGUAGGAUGCUAUUCUGACAGCUCUAACGUCCUGGCGUUCAAUUUUGUGCGACUUAAGCACUACCUUGAGUUUACAGCCUGAGCUGAAAAUGGAGGACAUUGAAGGCAUAGGGUUUAGUUUAUCCAUUUUUGUUUUUAUAACACUUUUUAGAAGUCGGAGUUGAGGUUCUUCAAUGAGCCCAGACACAGCUUCGCCAAAGGUAGCCAUGUAGUCAGCUGAAGCCCGUGGGGCGGCUAAAUGCGCUAAAUUGAAGGGCGGCUUAAUUUGGAGACAAGACUUCACGUGUACUAUGGGGUGAUGCAUUGGCACUUACGAGCAUUUCAUCUGGAAUCUUGCAUCCGAACCUAUUUUGCAGUGGACACGAUUCGACUUAUCCCACGGAGUCGAAUGGGCUGAGCUGAUUCUCCCGCGCGUGUUCGGAGGAAAUCAAGGACCUAGAUCCUCACAGCUUCCCAUUGCACUUCCUGCUUUUUCAUACAGUAACACCUCCUACUAGACGACUGCACGAAAUUAGUAGUCGGUGCAAGUUGCUAGAAAUGAAUGACCAGGCUAAUUUAGCUUUAAAUAACUCUAUCAUUCUAUGCUCAGAUUUUUUCGUCAUGGGAACCUGUUGCUGCUAUAUCAAAUCCAACAGAACCUCGUCCGUAGGAUGAAAACGGAAGUCGGUCAGAUAUGGUUAUGUAUCCGCACCUGAGGUAAUCAAACCCCAACCACCUGUAACAUGGGACCGGUGAUAAUAGGGCUCGUUACAGGCGGGGCCAGGAUACGCACAGGCAACGAGGUCAGGAAAUUGUAUGCAAAAGAAAAGCUAUUGGGAAUGCCCGGUCGUACUUUGAGUGGUUGGGGAAUAGUUGCCCUAACCCCAACAGUAUUUUGUCCAUCAGGUGCGGUUGCAUAACCAUAUGUUACCCAGAAGUCUUCAUAUAAUGAUUAGAUUACAGAUUAGCAAAGCUGAAAGAUAAGGGAUGCUAAUUUGUGAUGGAGGGAGAACUCACCGGAACAGAUUUAUUGGACUGCGGACGUCUCACGAAGCUUGGUCGACUCACCGUUGUCAAAGCGUUAAAUGAGUAAAAUCGAGCAGAAAUGCAAACGCCUUGGGCUGAUCGAUUUUAUUCUUUUUUCAAUAUUUUGAUCUUCUGGCGGAUGCUUGGCGGGCUUGACAGAUGCGCGCUCUAUGAGUCACUGUCUCGAUGGAGGGCGGUGGAGUAUCUGCGGGGGUUGAUCUGGCUCGCGGCUCUUUUCCUCCCCCACCAGGCAAAUUCGUUGUGGAGCCGUGUCUGCUCGAUUAGGUUACCAUUUGUCAAAAGGUCUGAAAGUGUGUGCUAUACCAGCAUCGGCAAACGAUGGCCCUCGCAGCCUGGUAUGCGCUGGCAGUUCCCUGACAUCUGGUACCCUGCCGGUAGAUGCGCUUGUGUUCUCGUUGGGUAUAGAGGUGGUGGACAUGGCUGUUCAGUCAUCAUCCUCGUCCUUCUGACCCCUGCUGGGAGGUUGUUUUCAUUGCUGGUGAAAAAUCCUGGUCAAGUGUAUGUUGUGAACCAGGGAACGUGUGGCACGCCUGGGUACGGGUCCGGCCGUGCCAGCCACCUGCGCCCUCCCCCGUCUCCGGUCUUCUUGACUCUGUCUUGACACCGGGUCCAGGUGGGGAGUGAGGAAGAGAGAGCGCGGUAGAUGCUGCGCAAAUCCACAUUCACUGUAAACUAAUUAACGCGCAAGUCACCGUUUCUGGUGCACCUUGCUGUGUGGCAAACGGUGGACAUCGUCGGAAUCGACGGUGGAAAUGUCGUGUAGGUUACAAGUUACUUCCAGUUUACACAAAGGGACAAAGCGGGCGCACGCGUUGAAUAUCAAGGAGGUCGUCCUGAAAGACUAAAAAUAUAAUUUCCUUAGGCACAGUACUCUGUGAAUGCAGGUGCGUCAAUAACCAGAAUGAUUGGUUUCGCCUCGCAGCAUUGCUUGUUUUUCCGACUGCAUGCAAAACUGGUGGUGAUUGAACACGUAAACCUACGUUUUUCUCACUAAAGCACACCUACUUAUUUGAUUUUGGUAGGCAUGUUGUAUUAAGGUUGUCUUUCGGACACACUCAAUGAAAUGAUUAACUUUAGGGUUAUGAUUGGGUUAAAUGUUAAGUCUAGGAUAAGAGUCGGCUUUGGAGCUAGGGUUAAGGUUAGCACAAGGAUUAGGUUUUCCUGUUGCAUACCAUCUUAUCCAAUCGCCCCUACUUCCUUUAGGUUCCCUGAUUGAGGGCGGCCGCUGCCUUGUGGGCCAGUUUGGAGAGAACAUUGUAAACACCAUGUUGGCGAACCUCAUCGAUGCCGGCGUCAUCACGACAAAGGAGGAAACUCUCUGCUUUUCUCAGUACAUUUUUCAGCGGGUACUUCACAUUUUCGCUUUUACUGACUCCAAUGUCCAUUAUUUCUGGGAAGAUUUUAUUUCUGGACAGGCGCGAGCUGAGGGUAGAGAUCCUUGUCAGGAGAAGUCUAGAAGAAAGUAAGGACAACUACUGGUUUGCCCACUGUCAGCUACUGUAGAGCGGUCAGAGUCGUUCGUCAUUGUCGAUGCCCGAGUAUAACAUCAAAAUUAUCCAUGUAGAUAGCGUCGACAGGCAGGGGGAAGCCAAUUUGGCCAGGAAUCGACUAAUUUACGCAAAAUAAUGCCUUUAAGAGGAGGAGAGAUGUGGAGGGUCAAGGCCGUAUUUUCUGUACCGGUUGAGCCAAAAACAAACAGCAUCGAUAAACGUGCUGCAAUAUGUUCCCACUUGCGCAUCAGGCGGUGUGGUUUGGAAAAGUCGUAGACCUCUUCGCCGAAUAUAUGGCAUAGUGGACAAGAAGAGUCGAGCACCGGAACACUUUGUUUAUUGUCCUGAGUUUUCAGACUCGUACAGGAGUCCAUCGUCAGAGGUAGUAACAGCAGCAGAACAGGCGACAGUUAUAAAGCAUGUAGGCCAAUCAUCGACCGACGGCGCAAGACUGGAGGUGACUACGCAGGACUCUGUACGCCGGCGCUAGGUCGAUAAAUCGAUUGACCGAGUUCUCAUCCGAGGUCCAGGUUUCAAUCAGUUAUCGGCCUGUUUUGUUUUUGGCGUGGGCGACUAUUUUGGUGGCUGCGUAGUUAUUCAAUAAAAACACGAACUCCUGCUCCACGGCUUCCCCGGCUACUCGGUUAGUUCCCUCUCCCAGCGUUCCUCUUGUGCUAGUCGGUUUAACCUAAGGAACGCAAAUUCUCACCGGAUAGUCCUCAUGGACUUGUCUCUGUAGCCGGUGCGUGAACCGCACUGCCCCGUGAAUCCCGCCGGGCAGUAACAAUUUCCCUCUAGCUGCAGUGGCCUAGAAACGAGCAGAAUGCGUGUCGAGUGCAAGAACUCGCCACUGGCCUUCAAGGUCAGCCUAUUCGCAUUCCAAGCACAAAUUGGCAAUAGUUUACGUGUGAGUGAGUGAAAUCAGCACAGCGAAUAACGUGCCCUCGAGGCUUUCCUUGCCUCUGGGAAUGUAAUUUAGUACUGACCGAAGCUCACAAAGAAACUUUGCAAAGCUUAACUCACCGACUGCGUGAGAACACAGUUGACCCACUUACUCCAACUGCCUUUCCCAUGCAUUCUUUGUAACCAAGUGGCUCGAAGUUCUCCAAUUAUCCAUUUCUCAAUCUAAGAGACACGCUAAUUGGGACUUCAGUGUGACAUUUAGCGAGCUGUUCCUAUUGGGAGUGAAAAAAAUGAUAAACGUCUUUUCUCUGGACCUCACACUGAGUGACCGAUGUCAUGAAAUGUUGGCUGAAAUUCUCAAAUGCUUCUUCGAUUAGGAAAGAUUAUUUAGACGCCAUUCUAAUACUGAUUAUCUCGCGACAUAAUCCCAUAAUAUUUCGGACUCGAAAUGAUGUCGGCUUUUGAAUACACUGCCUAUCAAUCUCCUGUAGAAAGCGUGCUCGGUAGAAAAUGACUACUUAAGAAGCAUGAAGUUUUCCCAUUGGUUUUCAAUGGUUUUGUAAAGUCAAAUAUAUUUUAUAGGAACCAUGAGCAAAAAUAUGCUUUUACAGUCGUUUGAUAGAGAAUCACGUCAUCUUUAUAUUUUAUAACUGAUUAAGGAGUAUAAUUAGAUUUUAAAAAAGGUAUUAAAUUCCCGAACAAUUUAAAGCCUGAUUAGCCGUUUCACUAGAGCUUAGCUAUUUCAGUCAACAAGGUGCAUGUGUUCCGUGUAAGGAAAAUCAUACAUUCUUCUACGCCUUUAAAAAGAUACCAUAUAGAGUGCAUAACAUUUUUCAAUGUAUGAGGAUUGUGUUGUACAUUUCACGAGAAGCACUGGUAAACGGACACGCACGAAACUAUAUGAGUGGACAUCGUGCGGUCUUAAAAAAUCCCAUAAUUAUAAACUUUUUAAAACCUAAUUAUACUCCUUAAUCGGUUAUAAAAUAUAAAGAUGACGUGAUUCUCUAUCAAACGACUGAAAAAGCAUAUUUUUGCUCGUGGUUCCUAUAAAAUAUAUUUGAAUUUGCAAAACCAUUGAAAACCAAUGGGAAAACUUCAUGCUUCUUAAGUAGUCAUUUUUCACCAAGUACGGUUUCCAUAGGAGGUUGAAAAGAAGUGCAUUCAAAAGCCGACAUCCUUCCGAGUCCGAAAUAUUAUGGGAUUAUGUCGCGAGAUAAUCAGUAUUAGAAUGGCGUCUACAUAAUCUUUCCUAAUCGAAGGCACAUUUCAGAAUUUCCGCCAACAUUUCAUGAGGUCGGUCACCCACUGUAAAUACUACCGCAGCUCAAGCGAUUGGGCGUUGAACAAAGAAAUAUGACCGACUGCGUGGAUUAUAGACUCAGAUCUCCAGGAUGGAACAGAAGGUCUAAUUUCCGUUGGGCAGUCAAGAUAAGUUUGUGCACGCCACUCCGCUGUUUCCGUGCCACUGAUCACCUCGACACGCCGAACGAAGCCAAGUAGUUCCGCGAUUGGAGGGUUGCGUUCCGAUGGUCUCAAAGUGGUUGGCAUUGAUUGUGUUCUCGCGUCGUCAGCAUCUAGACUAUAAAAUGAUUAAGUGGGAGCAGAAUGUAAGUUCGAGGUGCUCGCUCGUCCCCAACCCCUUGCCCUGUCAACUUCAUAGAUUUAUUUCCAAAAUUUUAAGUACUGAACUGAAUUUCAAUCUUGCCCGACUGCACAUCUCUUAAACGAGGGAACUCCAGUCUUUCUAAGUCCCCUUUCCUAUUUUAGGCAGCUUUCGUAGAAAAUAACUCGACGGCGUGCGAAGACAUCGAAAUUGACUUGUCGGAGUUUGUUCAUGCGCCAACUAAGUAAGUUUGAAACCACUUUAUGCUUCAUUUACGACAAAAUCAACUACCAGUUUCUUUAAUUUUAGAUAGACGCAUAAGCGAUCUUCAUGAACCACUCACUAGUCCCAGAAAAGAGACAGUUUCUGUCACUUCUAAUGAUCUCCACAUCUAACUUCUGAGUUCGUCAUGAGACUAUCGGACGGCCCUGAUAAAUAUCGUUUGUCAUAGCAACGCAGCAUGAAAUCCUAUCAGAUUGAUUGCCAGGAUAACGGUGGGGACUUAUAACUUGCGUAAGCACAAGGAAGGUUAGAUUCGCGAUUGCAAACUUUAAAUCAUUGCACAUAAUUCUAGUGUGUAGCACUUAGAAGAGGGAGAAACGAUUGACGUAACAUCAAUUUUUUUCUUCCGACAUCUUGACUUCUCACUCUGAUCCAGCAUCAGGAACGACAACAGAUACUGAUUAUGGGGGGCACAGGGCGUUUAUAAGGGGGCGCGGAAUGCUUGUAGAUGCAGUUUGUUAACAAUGAGGACAGUAAGUAGCACAGUGGGGCAAUAAAACAAGCCGUCUCAUCGCUACUUUGCAACGUGCGGAAACUUGGAUCAUCGAAAUCUUUUUGGGGGAGGACGGAUGUCGGUCAUCACAUUAGUCCUGUCGCCCGACAUCGCACUUUUUCAAGGAUUUUUUGUCCUUUUUAAGGCAGUCCCCAUACUUCACUGCCCUUCUUCAACAUGGGGGAACACGCGAAUGGGCAAUAAUCUUUAUCCCAAAAAAUCCCUGUCAGGAGGUUCGGGUGUUCUUUUGGCGUGCAGACUACGCAGGCAAUGCAGAGUCACGCUGGGGAUAUGGCCUCAUCUUAUUGGUUGGGUUGUAGAUUUUGGUCCUUUUUACUUCGAAUGCCCGCGGGCGAAAUAGGAUCAGGACGGCUGGAAAUGGGCUCAGAUGCUGUGAUCGGUGGGGCUAAACAACCCCCUCUACUCGUGCCGCGCGUAACCUCGCCAGGUACCAAUCUACGCCAAAGAACAUGCUUGUCACCGACGUAUGUAGCGCAGUUCUGUUCGUGUGCUGGGUGUUGUGAAGUAGAUUCGUGUGUGGUGUUUUGGCUGGUGGGAUGAGCUGAUCUGAUGGAGCUUGGACCGCAGUGUCUUACCGUAAAGUUUCACGGAAGUCCCCUUCAUUGGCUGAAGGUUGGUGCGCAGUGUUGGCAGUUGGGGCGGGUGUAGGCUAGUGCUCCUGACACUGGUUCGCCAGUCUCGCUGUGAUGGAUUCGCAAGUGAUCAGGCCGAUGCGUGGUAUGCAUGUGCGAUAGCAAUAUGGGCAAGGUAGGUUGGUACGCGUUGAUUCGGUGGUGGUGGCGACGUUUGUGGCGGGGAAGUUCGUAACUUUGGCGGCACGAGCAAAGAGGAUUAAGAACGAGGUCUACUUCCUCCAAGUUGAGGACAUCCUCGUUAUGACUCAUCUACACUCAUUUGGAAGAAAACUAGUUCAAGAUGUAGUCCGUUCAUUUCAUCAGCAUCCACUGUGGUUAAAUGACAUCCAAAAGGGAGUAGUAAACUGUAAGAAAUAACAGGCAAAGUGUGUUGGGAUUUCACGCAACACACGGCAUGUUAGUGCACAUGCACUUAUUUUUAACCGAAGCGAUGAUCAGUCACGUGAAAACACAGCUGUUCUCGGACACUACGCCAAUAUAAAUCAAGUUAAGCAAAUCAAACUUCCGUUCUGCGUCCUUACUCGAAAACAACACGCAUUUGCCUUAUUACAAGAAGACCUUCAAAACCACCCCUCUUCUUCUUCUCCCCAUCCCCCAACUACGCCGCCCAUGAAAAUAUUUGUAAAGUAAUCCUAACUCGACGCAUAAGGUCUUUGCAAGUAAUGUAAGUGUUACUAGAUACCAUGCUGGUAGCACACAUACUAGCUAAAAGCCCAGACGCACGUGUUUGACCGAUAUUUUGCCGCUACAUGACACAGCUCUGAGGGCUUCGACUCAUCAGUGACUCCCCUGGCGUUACCUGUGUGCCUUCUGGUAGAUACUCCAGUUUUAAGCCUGCAGGUUUUUGAUUUUCCCAGAAAUUAAUCGCCAACUUGAAGCAAAUUGGUCUAUUUGAAGCUUAUAGGCCCAACUUAAAAUUUUUUGUAUUUAUAUUUGGGCCGAAGUCCAUCAGCGACACGUAAUAUUCAUAAACUGCCAACAGGCAGCCAGUAGCAUAUGCAUUGGUCAUAUAUAAUACUGGUAGAUGUUUUGGCAGUUUUUGAAUGAUUCAUAGUGGCCUAACUGUUAAAACUCGGCGUCUCGGUGGAAUUCGAACCCACUCAGUAGGGGGAAGGCUUUAGUACAGCCAACGUUCUAGCCAUCUGAGCUACAAGGUCCCACCGGACGACGCGAGUUUAAUCAAAUUUGGGUCAAGUUACCCGCCCAACCUACUGUAACGUCUGGAAUCCACCAAAUCUGAUAUAGUAAGUUGACUGCCCAAGCAGGAUUGCCUAAGUAAUCCAUCUAAAAUCCACCAGAUGACCACCAGGCUUACGUAAUUCAUAGGUGUUAUGGCAGACUUCAAACAAUUCCUAUUAACUCAACUGUGAGAAACUCGGCGAGUUAGCUGCAUUAAAGCCUUUCCCUUGCUGUCGGGGAGUUCGAAUCCCACCCAGACGCGGGGGUUUUCACAGUUGGGUCAAUAUGAAUAUCAUACUUGACAGCACAGAUAGGAAAUUCAAUUUUAAAACUGGGCAUCUACCAGAAGGCACACAAGGAACUCACUGGGGGACUCAUUGGUGAAGCAAACCCCUCGCAGGUGUGUUAUACAGCGGCAGGAUAUCAGGGAAACACACACCUGGGCUUUUAGCUAGUUCUGGUGCUCUCAAUUGUGGCGUAUCGUGUGAACUAUGCAUAUACUACAAGCUGCCUGCUGACAGUUUAUGAAUAUUAUUAUUGGCAGAAUGGUAUUACCGACAAAGACAAGGGAGACUGGAAUGGCCAUUUCUGGCUUGUUAGCCGUCGUCAGCCAGCCAUGCCCAAGCCUGAAGUGUGGAACACCCGAGCCUCGAACUCGCGACCUGUUGGUUUAGAAGUCCACGCCUCUACCCACCGGGCCACGAGCCCGUUGCCCUGUCGGUUUUCGAUCGGGAAUAUACAGUGUUAGGGGGCGCUCACCGAUCGUUCAUAUGGAACUCACUCGUUCCGUUGGGCCUUAAGGGCACUCUCUCGAGCCCAACCAGCAGCCGCACAGCGGCGCAUGAUACAGAGGCAGAAUGUUCUUAUUAUUAUUAUAUUAUUAUUAGUAUUUGGCUGUGGCUGACCGACUUUGGCUCAAGUAUUCAUAUAAAACUCCAGUCUGAGCCUAUGAGCCCUAAAUAGACUGACUUAUUCCAAGCUAGCGCUUAAUUUCUAGGGAAAUUAAAAAUCUUCAUGUGCAUUUGAUGCCCAACCUUGUAUCUCAUGCGAUUUAAUUUGAAUACUAGGGGUAAAAAUUUCCUGACGAGAGUAUUUUGUAUUCGGGCUACUGUACUCUGCCCCUUAUUGUUCUUCAAGCGAGACGGCCGCCACCAGAAAUCACACCCCACUUGAAAGGCAUCGUCAUUUGCCUCUCCUAUUCGUGUUGCCUACCGUCCCAGAUAUAUUCCCGACGGCAUCGAGCUGAUUUUCAAAGUUAUCCGCUGUUUGCCUAUUCAGGCAGCGUCCUAAGUCAGCCAAUGGGAUUCCUACACCAUCCCCUUGUUGGCAUGCUGCUUCCACACUAAUCAUAUGAGGCGAUUUGGCGGCUUCACAUCAGGUGGCUCUGUCACGAAAUGGAUUUUUUGCGGAUGGGUCCUGAGGGGUGACAGUUUGCGCCGAUCAUCGCCUUACUAAUUGGUUUAAAAUUAAGCAGACUCAAUUGCCGGAACAAAAAAGCUGUUUAUCAGACACUCUGGAUCCACUGCUGAACCAGAAAACAGAGACAGCAACACAAAAGGGUGGUGAAAACACACCGGUGCCUGCGAUAUGAGACUUAGUAGCCAAGCGACCGCACAACUACUAAAAUUAGCAGCCCAUGCAUUCGUCGCAGAUGUCCUUACACGGUGCGAAGAUAGCUUAGUCGUUCAGACGAGAAUCGUUCAGCAAUCAGCAUCCUGUUUCAGCAGAUUAAGUGUGCUGGAUUAAUCAGUAAAGGAUAAAACGCCGUGUAUAGUUUAUUCUUCUUCCACGUUUCGCUAUGUUUUUGCAAGUUAAAAAUGAACACAUGUUUGUGGGAAAAAAUUCCUACACUUCAAGUAUUUCUCCCUCGGAGUCAAAAGCCUCUUUUCCAGUUUGCCUAUUUCGCACUUAAGUUUCCAUCUUCUAUAGUGCUGUCUGACUAUCUCUGGCUUCAGUCACAGGCAGCAAAUUUAACUUUUCUGAUGUUUAUUGCUUCAGAAAUAUACGCAUCAGCGCUGAUCUGCGGAAAGUCAGUACUGAGGGGAUUUUCAAGCCCUCAAAGACAAAGUACUUCGACCCAAAUGCACCGUCUCUGACAAAACUUCUGCGCCAGAGCUUGAAGGCCUGCCCAAUCGAGAGUCGCCAAGAUCUCUGCACUAAUGUCCUCCUUGUUGGAGAAUAUGCAAACCUUGAAGGUCAGUUCUGCCCAACUAUGGCCUUCCGUUUUUUAAAUCUUCUAGUUCCAUGCCAUCGUGAAUUGGCUUCGCUUCGAGCUAGUGUCACAAUGACUCAUGUAGAAUGGUCACCCAUUCCAACAUUUAAUUUGCAAAUAUAUUCUGGGAAAGCUCCGUAGGGACAGAGAGGCACCACACAUAUGGCCUCUUCUGCGGGGAAAAAUAUGCUGAGAAUGAGUUUAGAACUGAGACCAGCUUCUUCAACAGACUUAUAACCUUCUGGGCCUUCAUACACUCGUAUUUCGUCUCCAUUUUCGACUGUUGCGUUGCACUAAAAGUCGGUGUGAUUGAUAGGGUUGUCGCAAUUGGUCAUGCUGCUUGUCGAACAGUUCUCUUCCCACUAUCAAAAAGGCUUUGAUUAGUUGAGCUUCCUGUGUAAUCGUUAGAGUACCGGUCGUCAAAAUGUGUCUUUUUAGGAAGACUUCACUGGUUAUUACUAGGCUUCCUGUGGUUAGUAGGGUGGGGAUUUUAGUUAAGAUUUGUCCUGCUCAAUAAUAAUAAUAAUGGUAUUUAAUACCAGUUUACAGGCAUUGUCGGGGAAGCAUUAAACACAAGUCCGGCCAGCAGUUAAAAAAGACUCCUGUCAAUAAGAAGGGAAAAAUAAAGAUAAUGGUGUUUUUAUAGUCUGGAAGGUUGAGGAGAAAAAAACUGCUGCCCAUGAAAUGACGACAGUCAAGAAAGGGAGGGGCAACACUGCAUCGGAUAUUUUCAGUCGUCAUUUCUUUUCAUGAAAUUGGGACUGGACCAGACAGGAGCACUGAAGAACAGCUGUCGUUGUUGGCUAGAGAAAUUGUCCCUGGUGAGACCGGCCAUGGGAAUCAGAGACCACGAACACCAUCGUUACGGUUUAUUCGAUCGUUGCAUUCAGCACCCAAAAUUUGUGAGAGUUUUUCUGAAUACAAAAAUCGAGUAAUAGUUCACCUAAACAAAGGAUAAUUUUGCAGAGUUUUCACAUUCCUCGGUAGUUAAUUCCAAAUAGCAAUUGUGUUCGCAGCAAAGAACGGAUGAUAUUUAACAUUAAGUACCAGGGGAAGAAAUAAAAAGACCCUGCGAUGACUGUUACGUCGGGAGUGGACAAGGUGUCAUAAAGUAGUAAGUGGGUUAAAGGUGUGAUUAUAUAAAAGCUUAAAUAGUGAAAAUAGUCCCUUUUGUAAUUUACGAAACCACAAAUGAUCAGGGCCUCUAAACCGGCAACGUUCUUGGUAUGACAAAUUCCGGUGUUCCGGGGUUAAAACUCUCUUAGUAAAAAAUGUUCGAUGGAUUCGCUUUUCUUCCGCUCAGCAGCACGCAUGAGGCUAAAUAAAAAUGAGCAGCAUUCCAGGCCAGGUCUAACGUACAAUGUCAUAAUGGGAAUCUCAAUCAAGUUGUAUCUUGCUUAAAAUCGGGCGUUCUUGCCGUAUUUCUGACGUGAUUUAAAUAGGCAUGGUAGUCGAUGAUGGAUAAAUUAGAAAUUUCACUCCGGCCCCUCCUAUUCUCGACCAUGUAUCUUUCGUUAAUGCCUGACCAAUCGUGGGGCCUCUACUCUAAAAGCCCUAUUGAGAACCAAAGGUCAGCAUUCCGUUCUGUAAGCAAGUUGAAGCACUAGACGUCGGUCCCACACGACCAUUAAUUUUUUCAUGACGGCCUUGACCCUCGAGUGCUCGGCCAUGACGUCGUUCUCGGUUUCAUAUAACCCCAAAUAGACUUUUCUGCUUGCAGCAAUAUACUGAUGGCUUGCAACAGCGCUUGUCUGUCUUAAAAGAAAACGAUCUGAUUAAGACACCUCGUAGAAAACAAACAGUUUGGGAGAUCAACUGUAGAGACCAUGAACAGCAUUAUCCAAUCAUAAGUAAAUAAUUGAUUUUAGAGCUACCGAUUAAGUUAAUUUCAGGCUGUAGUUCGACCUUUCCGUAUUAAUCAUAUUCUUCAUUUUGGUCCCAGGUCUCCAGCACAGAAUCCUUUCUGAGAUGCAGCGGUUUCUGCCAAAAAAUACCUUCUUGGCUGUAAAGACUGUACCCAAUUCCGCAGAGGCCGCCUACAUCGGUGGAUGCCUUACAUGCGCCAUUAUGCAGGGACCCAAGGCACCUGAAUGUUCUUGGUUCAGAUUCAUGGAGCCAGCCAGAUGGAACUUGAUCAAGGCUUCGGCGCCAAGUGGGACGCGCCUGGUUGAUCGUCUGAAUGCUGAAAUGUGCUGGCCCUAG